GCGGCGGCAACAGGAGCGGCAGAGGCGGCCACCCCAUCUACCGGCGCAACGCCAAGUACAGGAAGCUGCAAAACUAUCUCUACAACGUGCUGGAGAGGCCCCGCGGAUGGGCGUUCAUCUACCACGCCUUCGUGUCCAGUCUUCUUCAUUUCUACUUUGAACAUCUACUUAUAUGAUCUGAAGUAAAUGGCCUAAGCAUCAUGGUCAGUGUUGGUAAUAUCACAUCAACUCUGGAAAUCCACUGAAACCUGGAGCCCGAGGACAAAGGUCCAGGUGAGUACUUUUUUUAGUAUAUUGUGGUGUUUCACAAAGUGUUCACUUGACUUUGAACCUAAGAGAAAUAAGACUUUGCAAAAUGACACAAUAUACUAAAAAUAUUUUUUAAAAGUAGCAACACUUCCCGUUCUCCCAACCCCACAUUUCUUGAAUUGUCCUGACUCAGCAUAGACUGACUGCAUGCUCCAGUGGACUUCCGUAGUUGUUGUGAAAUCACCAGUAUGGCGUAAGUAACACUUCUCAGAUACAAUUAAUAUGGUGCAUGCCCUCAUCAGAAACAUCGCAUCCAGAGGUGGAGAGUUGUGGUUAGGAUGGGAGCCACUUUUUCUCCCUGUAACCAAAAUUAGUCAAAAAUGAAAAUCAGCCAAGAAAAGAACCAGGACUGCCUGGAAGUUAUUUCUCAUCAGCACUUCUAUUUAGCUUUGGGAUUUUUUGGAUUUUAUUUGCACUUCAGAGCUGUAUGUAAAAUGCAGGGAUGGGAGGGAAACUAUUUGGAUGUAUAACACCAGUCCAGGCAGUAAGUGGAAUCAUUUUAUGGAUAUAUCACACAUACACACACAUAUAGAUAUGGAUAUUUGGAUUGCAUGCUCUACUUGGGGUUGCCUUUGAAGAGGGUUCAGAAACUUCAGCUAGUCCAAAGAGCUUGCUAAAUGGGGCUAGCUAAAGGGAUCACACAACUCCCCAGUUGCAGCAGCUCCUUGCAACAGCUUCUUGCUCCCUAUUUGUUUUCAAGCAUAAUUCAAAGUGCUGGAACAUGACCUAUAAAUCCCUAUAUGGCUCAGGUCCAGGCUAUUUGGCAGUUCAUAUCUUCAAUGUACAAACUUGCUUGGGCUCUGAGAGGUCCUUCUCUCAGUCCCACCAUCAUUGCAAUCAUGGUUGAUAUUGAUAUGAAAGAGACCCUUGAACAGUGCUGUUGUUUUAAUCCAUUGCUUUACGUGGGAUGCACUAGUUCUGCAUCUAAUCUCAUUAGACCUUUGAGGCAAGGAUGCUGUUUUGAACCAUUGCUUUCAAUAGGAUCCUAUUAUUCUGCAUCUAAAACCACUGGAUCCUUGAAACAGGGAUGCUGUUUUAAAUCAUUUCUUUCCAUAGGAAGGAAUAAUCAUUUCUAUAAACAGGGAUGACAUCUCUCUGCUAAGUAUAAUAUUAUAAUUGGGACAAACCAGCAAAAGGAAACUGCCUGUUCUCUGUUCUACAAUGGCGUUAUUACGCUAUAUCUGUCAUUAAUAUUUUUUAAAGAAAUCUGCAAAGGGAAGGAGUUAUUAUGCACUUCUGUAAAGAGGGAUGACAGCUCAUUGCUAAAAACAGCUCGCUGCUAAGGGCCACCCUUUGGAACACCCCUUUUCACCAAGGCAAGUUCCGAAAUAGCAGAUACUGCCACAGACCCCAUCACAUAUUGCUUUGAGCCAAAAUAACAGGUCCUUAGCGUUAUUGUGGCUAAAUUCACAAAUUCUCCCAGAGAUUAUAGAUCUGCUCAAUUUCACAAUUGCUCUGUGGUUCUGUGACUGGGGGGCAGGAACGAUGACCGGAAGUUGUCUUAUGGCAGCCGUGACUCCCAGUAAAUUUACCAUGAUUGCCAGUAAAAUGGGAGGGGAAAACUGUAAGUGUGAUGAGGUGGUAAAACAUUCUCCUGAUUUUAAAGCAGAGACUUUUAAAUAGAGGGUGGGGGAAUGAGACUUGUAGGGUAUUUGAUUAUUUUAACAAUUUUUAAUUUUUACAUGUUAUAAGGGAUAUUAAUUGACUGGUUUGUUUAAUCCUAUUUUAAUAUUUGAAUGUUGUACAUUUUAAAUUGCAAUGUUUUUUUAAUGUUGUAAGCUACUUCGUGUCUCAGCUGAGAUAAAAUCAGAAUCAUAGAAUCAUGGAAUCAUAGAGCUGGAAGAAACCUCAUGGGCCAUCCAGUCCAGCCCCCUGCCAAGAAGUGUUGUUGUUGUUGUUGUUGUUGUUGUUGUUGUUACCCAAAACUCUGCUUCUGCUGCAUAAUGUAUAGAGCAUAAAACAUGAGAGGGAUGUUUAUACUUGCUAAUAUAGUUUCUUGAAGCAACAACUGAGACGUAUAAGUUAUAAAACAGAAUAACAGUUUUUUGCACUACACAUAUUUCUAUACAACCUAUCAAAAUAUUUUCAAAUUACAACUGAACAUUUGAGUUAUUAAUCAGGUAACCUUUGUACUUUUUACCCUUUUAUUUGCACUUUCCUAGUAAUAGUCAGAAAUGCAGUGGCCAUGCUAGCUGGUGAAUUCUGGGAGCUGUAGUCUGAAAAGUAAAUUUUCCAGUCUGGCACAAACUAUAAAUGGACAUUGCAUGUUUUAACAAUGAAAAAGCUUGCAAUUAUGACCCCUCUGCCAUGGUUGUUUUUAGCUCUCUUUUCUAGGACAGAUAUGACAUCUUUCCUCUUUCUUUGAGUCCAGCUCAGUAUCUGAGACAUGAACAAUUACCUCCCUUGAGGGUCCUCACAUGAAUAAAUAAAUGCCUUCUUCAUCUUUGUAACUGGAGCUGGUCUCAAUAUCAGAUUAGUCAUUGCCUCUUUGUGCAGCCACAUCAGAUAUGCCUUCUGGUUCAUGGUCACUGUCCUUAUCACUGAAUUUCAAGAUUUCACUUUCUAAAUCUCCAGACACAUCCAGACAGAUGGCUCCUAGUAUCGCCAGUCAAAUGACAUUUUGCAACUAGUCUAGUUUUCCCUUCUUAAUGGAUUUUUUUGAGAUAAGAAAAAAGACAGAAGAAUUAAUUUGACUGUUACAAAUUGAAAGCAGGAGCAUCUCCUUCCCUGUCCAAUUCUCUGAAUGAGGCAUGAUGCAACUGUAGAAUAAAUUUCCUAUCUAAAAAUAUUUCUUUUAUCAGAGGUUUUCUGAACUUCUCUGAAGAAGUCUGAUUUGUUGCCCUACUUCAGCCAGCACAAAGUGAAUUUAGAACCAGUGUGUAUAGAUCAAUGAUGAAUCUUGAGCCCUUAUAGAUGUGAAUCUGUUUGUUUCAUUAAUGAUAGACAAAUCUUUGGCAUGUAACUAAAAGGGGAAAUGAAUCUAUCAUUGAGAUUUAAUAUUGCAUACACACAUGUCUAGAACUAAUUGUUACAACUAGAAUAAUUACAACUAGAGACACAUUGAAUCACUGGGGCCUGCAUAAUUCUUGAUUUAGUACACUGCUAGGCGCUUUGGGUCCCAUAUGGGAGAAAAGCAAAAUGUAAAUUCAGUCACAACUGAAUUUAACCAAAUACCAGUUAAAAUAAAUAAAAACAAGUGCAGUUUAAAAUAUACAAAAUGUUGUAACAUUAAAAUACAAUUUAACUAUAAUAUUGAAUAGCUAUUGAAUUAAACACAGUUUAAAAUGCAUUUAUUUUGUAAAGCACAGCAUGAAUCUGUUAAAAGCCUUUCCCUCAGCAGUGAGUCAACCGCCAUUAGAACAAGUUAUUUGGUUCUUUUCUUUCCUGCUUUCUUUCAUGUGUAUUUUAAUCUAUAUUGAAUGGUUUACAUUAUUGGCAUUAUUCUACUUUGAUCAAUGCAGUAAGUGCUAUUCAAGUGAAUAUUUCUUUCUUUUCUUUUACUUCAGAGCAAUCAGGAACAGUUGCAUUGCAAUUCAGAGGUUAUGAAUUAAAGCCUGAGAAAUCUAUGCUAAGAAUAUAGUAUAUAGUAUUUUAAUAUGCUAGAGUCUAGAAAGUUAAUAUCAACUAAACAUUGAACUGAUGUUGCGUGUUCCUUCCAGGUAUUUUAGGAAAGAACCUUAAGGAAAAUCUUAAUUGUGUCAUUUGUAAUAAGCACUCUGGUGAGGUAACACUGUGCAUACAAAUCUGACUGUGAAAAAAAAUAGAAGCCAUGGAACAAGCACUAAAUGCUACCCUUCAUUAUUCUUUAUCAGGACAUUGGCUCCAGUCCAUUUUACAUUAGAUGCAUUUAAACUCCCAUUGAAACCUAUUCAACAAAUCAUUACAGAUAUUUUCAUUAGAGCUCUGUAUAAAAUAGUUCCUAUCAUGUGUUGUGUAUAUUCUUGCUAUGUGCGAUAUUUCCUAUGUGGUUAGCAGAAGCUCAGUUUCUAAUGGCAUGCUUAAAUGCAUCCUUCUGUAAAACAGCUGGGAAGGAAUAAUGUUAUGUUGCUGAAGCCUGGGGGUGCCUCUACACUAUAGAAUUAAUGCAGUUUGACAGCACUUUAACUACCAUGACUCAAUGGGAGUUGUGAUUUGUGAGGCAAUAUUGCUCUGGCCCAGUGGUUCUCAACCUGUGGGUCCCCAGGCCUACAACUGCCAGAAAUCCCAGUCAGUUUACCAGCUGUUAGGAUUUCUGGGAGUUAAAGGCCAAAACAUCUGGGGACUCACACAUUGAGAACCACUGUUCUUGCCAAAAAGGCUAAAAACUUUGUAAAACUACAAAUCCCAUGAUUCCAUUGAACUGAACUAUUGAAGUUAAAAGUGGUGUCAAAUUGUGUUAAUUCCAAAGUGUAGAGAUACAUCCUGGAUUUUUUUCAGUAAAAUAAAUCCUCUCCCCAUGUUUACCAUGAAAGAGGCUAGAAGCAGAGUGAAUAUGAGUUAUGAAGCAGGAGAUGUUUCAACAAGCUAGCCAUCCACAACUGCCUCCUUACCCUUCUCAAAUUUUCUUCAAGCAGUUUUUCACCUCAAGCUAAUUGUAGAGCAGGAGAAAAAAAGCUGACGUAGUGUCUUGGGGCCUCAUUACACUUGAGCAUUUUCCCACUUCAAUCCACUUUAAAUGCUGUGACUACCUCCUGCAGAAUUCUGGGGCUUGCAGUUUAGGGAGGCCCAGGGCUUCUCUGGAUGAGCAGUUUAAAGGCCCCUCCCUAAACUACAAGCCCCAGAAUUCUGCAGGAGGUAGUCACAGCAUUUAAAGUGGAUUAAAGUGGAAAAAUGCCUUAGACAAGCAGAAUUCUCCCAUUUAAACAUGAACACUGUAUUAUAUAGCUAUCUUCUUCAAAAAUGUGAUCUCUUCAGAAGAAAAUAUAUUCAUCAUGUUCUUAAACAGCAACCCUAAUCUCUUUUCAUAGUUACCACAUACAAGCUAUGCGUUAUACAGGAUAUGCGUUAUACAGGAAGGCACUUUGGUUGCAUUUUUGUUUUACUUUUUAAAUAAAUUGACACUGUAGACAGUGCAGUCAUUUAUAUACCUGUUUUCUUGAAGAAAUAUAUGACAAAAGGAAGUACUGCGUCCUCCUAAGAAAUGCAAGCACUUUGAAAUGGUCAGUGCAGGAAAGGAGAUGAGUCGCUGCCAUUGUUCCUUGCCAGCCACAGAACUCCCUCUGAGCACCUAGCCAUCGUGGUUGCUGAGGUCAGAAUGGAUUGCUUUAGCCCUUCUUUGCUGAUUGCAUAGCUGCCCCAUUAUAACCACAGUGCAAUGGUCAAGAGAUCGCAGGGAGCUCCAUGUGCGGUUCCCAUCUUUAUCAAUCUGUAAUACUGUGGACUGACCUUGGAUUAAGCAGUGCCUAAAUCAAACCAAGCCAUGCUGGUACUAGAGCUUAGUUUUUGAUACUAGUAAAAAGAUGGAUGUGCUCAUCUGUGAUAAGUACAUGAGAUUUAUUAAAGAAGCCACACUGAUCCCUUCCAUAGAGAGUAGUUUCUGUGGAAAUAGAUCUGUUACCACACAAUACAGCAAAAUGCAGAAUUUGCCUUUUUACUUCCUUGUAAUUUUGCCGGUUUAUCCUGAUCCACAAUCUGUCUGGUUCCAAGUAUUUUGGACAAAAGAUAGUCACAUAUUUUGUUGAUGCUUAGACAAUAGGCAAUUUGCAUGUAAAAUAAAUGAAUACAAUAUUAAAGUGCAACAGUAUAAACAGUAUAAAAGUGCUACAUAAAAUACUUGUCCUGUAGAUUUGGCUUAUUGAAAUUCAAUACAAUUAAAUUGUUACACAACACAUUAAAUGUAAACACAUAAAAUUUAUAUUUUAUUUAAUACCACCAAUCUAUAUUACCACAAAAUAACAUACCGUAUAUACUCAAGUAUAAGCCGACCCAAAUAUAAGCCGAGGCACCUAAUUUUACUACACAAAAAUUGGGAAAACAUUGACUCCAGUAUAAGCCGAGGGUGGUAAAUUUCAGAAAUAAAAAUAGAUACCAAUAAAAUUACAUUAAUUGAGGCAUCAGUAGGUUUUUGAAUAUUUACAUAAAGCUCAAAUUUAAGAUAACUCUGAUCAAAUCAUUAUUCUCAUCUUCAAUGUAAAUGUGCUUAUGUAUCCUUUUAAUAAUGUAAUAAUAAUAAUAAUAAUAAAUACAUGAGUAAAAUAAUAAAUGCAAUAAGAAGAAGAAGAAGAAGAAGAAGAUCAGAGUGAAAUAAUAAAUGUAUUAAUAAUAAAAAUAAAAAUAGAGUAAAAUAAUAAAUGUACCAUAUAUUCUCCAGUAUAAGCUGACCCAAAUAUAAGCCAACCAGGACCCUCACCCGAGUAUAAGACGAGGGGGGCUUUUUCAGUCUUUUAAAAAGGGCUGAAAAACUAGGCUUAUACUCGAGUAUAUACAGUACAUUCAAAAAUAUAUGAGAGGGAAAGAAAAACACCAAGAAAAUAAAAAUUAUUAUUCCACCAAAAUGUAGGUUAAAUUAAACAAGAUUAGAUAGUGUCUUCCCCAGAGCAAUCAACUGCAAUGUUAGAAAUAAAUGUUCCUCAAAUGUUCAUUCAUACCAAGGUAAAAAGAGAAACCUUACAAGUUACUAUGCAUAAAGGAUGCCCAUCUUGUACUGUAUCUGGAAACAGUCUAGCAAACCAUCCUAGCAUACUUGAUAACCAAUAAAACUAUUAGAAGAAGACUAACUAAUCUUCAGUUAUUUUUCUUCCAAAAACAGAUAUGCAUAAUUUCAGAAAAUAUAACACAACAUUUCCUUUGUCAUUUGUUACUACUGAUGGAUGUAUAAAAUGAAGGGAUAGGACUAAGAAUGCCAAUCAUCAUUUUUUGUGGAAUGAGUACAGGAGUAGGGCACGCAGUUUAAUCGAAGUGUGAAAUUGAGUCCUUUGUCACACCAUCCUGUCCAAGAAAGGCUGCAUAAACAUGUUUUCUGUUCAGUCACUAAAUGUAGAUGAAAGCCUUAAGGAUAACUUCUUAUAUUUUUACCAGUAUAUUCAUUUCCCAAUGGUUUAUUAUAUUUAAUACCAGCAAUCUAUUUUACCACAAAAUAAACAUUUAAAAAUAUAGGCGAGGGAAAGAAAAAAACAAAGAAAAGAAAAAAUGAUUAUUCCACCAACACAUAUGUAAUACAUAAUCUGACUCAAGUUGGUAAAAGCUAUAACCAUAACUUAAUUACACCAUUAGAGUUUGUCUUUCCUGCAAUAUCUAUGCAUUUUUCCAGUCUUCAGAAAGUCUUCAUCUGGCAUACUAGUAUCUUUAGAAGCCACAUUAAUUUGUCCAUUUGCGUCAACUCAGCAAGUGAAACAAUCCGUUCUUCCAUCAUUGGCGCUUUGGUCUGUUUCCAAAUUUGAGCAAAGCAUAGACUUGGUGGCGUUGUCCUUUACAAUCCAAAUCUUUAACAAUAAUGCUCAGCAGAAAUAUUUCUAGUAUCAUUACAAUGUCUAGUUUUAAUUUUUGAAAUGAACAAAAUCUUAGACCAGUAAUUUUUCACCUUAUUGCAAGUACAUCAGAUUUGAAAAAGAAAUUCUCCUUUUCUUGUCAUUCCCAACAUUGCUAUGAAAAAUUCUAAGGACCUCAUCACACUAGAGUUUGGAGCCUUUAAACAGCUCAACCAGACAGGUCCUGAGUCUCACCAAACUACAAACCUCAGAAUUCUGCAGGAGGCAGAAACCAGAUUUAAAGAGGAUUCAUGCUCUGGUGUGAUGAGGCAGUAAGAUGCUUUUACUGCUUUUGGGGGUGGGGGCAGGAGGGCUUAGUUACCAACUAUAUAUUAUCUUUUGCAGGUUUGCUUAUAUAUUUUUGCACAAAGUAAAUUUUAUCUUUGCAUCAUAUUUUCUCUCCUGCAUUCAUACAGACAUUAUGCCCAAACCCUUUGGGCUCACUGUAUCCCAUACUCUUGUCCGACUUCAUCAUUGGUCUCUAGUUUCAGAAGGCAUUUAUAUACAUUUAUUUGUUUGUUUAUUUAUUUAUUUAUUUAUUUAUUUCGCAUAUUUGUAUCCUGUCCUUCUCAUCCUAAAAGGGGAACUCAGCACAGACAUACAGCAGGCAGCAAUUUGAUGCCGAUACAUAUAAAUAUAAAAUAAACAGAUACAAUUAAAACGAUACAAUUAAACGUUAAUUAAAACAUAAAUUAAAAUCACACAAUCCAGAUUGUAGUCUGAGUCCUGUCCAAUUGUCAAUUCCAUUAAUCCGUGAUCAUCAUUGCACUGUUUCCUGGUUAAAUGCUUGCUCCCACAGCCACUUCUUAACUUUUUCCUGAAAGACAGGAGGGAGGGGGCUGACCUGAUUUCAUCGGGGAGGGAGUUCCAUAAACGAGGGCUCACCACUGAGAAGGCCCUGUCUCUCUUCCCAACCAAUCGCGUUUGCAAAGGUGGUGGGACCAAGAGCAGGACCUCCCCUGAUGAUCUUAACUUCCGAGGUGGGCCAUAGCAGGAGAUACAUUCGUACAGGGCCAGAUCCGUUUAGGGCUUUAUAGGCUAAAGCCACCUCUUUGAAUUGUGCUUGGUAGCAGACUGGCAGCCAGUGGAACUGGCAUAACAGGGGGGCUGUAUGCUCCCUGUAUGCUGCUCCAAUGAGCAAUCUGGCUGCCGCCCAUUGGAACAAUUGAAGCUUCUAGAUAAUCCCACAUAGAGCACACUGCAGUAAUCUAUUUGGGAUGUAAUAAGAUCGUGGGCCACUGUGGCCAAGUCUGACUUCCCAAGGUACAGGCGCAACUGGAGCAUAAGUUUUUAUAGUUCAGGAACUCCCCUGGCCACUGCCAAGACCUGGAAUUCCAGGCUCAAGGAUGAAUCCAGGAUCACUCCCAAGCUGCAAACCUGAACCUUCAGGGAGAAUGUAACCUCAUCCAACACAGGCUGUAACCCUACACCCUGUUUGACCUUAUGAUUGACUAGGAGGACCUCUGUUUUGUCUGGAUCCAAUUUCAAUUUGUUUGCCCUCAUCCAGACCAUCACAGCAGCCAAGCACCAGUUCAGGAUCUGAACAGGCUCCUUAGUAGCAUAUCCAUUACAUAUUCAUCAUCUUAACAAAAUUUUGAGUUGCAUACAUAAUUACAUAUUUUGCAGUCUGUUGUACUUCAUGUUUGUCUUUUUUUUUAAAAAAAUGAAAUAAAACCAUACAAUUCACCAUUCAUAUAUUUAGGAGUUAGAUUUGGGGGUCUCAUUCUUUAAAAUUUCUGAGACUUGGCAUAGUGAAGGAUUAGAGCAAGCUGCUGAUAAAUAUUCUGUCAGUUCAUCAAGUAAUUUUUUCAUGUUCUUGUAAGUAGUUGGAGGUUAUCUUAAUAUGCUGUCGUGUGCCUUCAACUCAUUUCUAAUUUAUGGUGGCCAUAAGAUGUACUCAUCACAGGUGUUUCAUGGCAGAAAUUGUUCACAGGGGGUUUCCCUUUGCCUUCCUCUGAAACUAAGAGAACGAGCCUUGGCCAAGGUCACACAGUAGGUUUCCAUGGUCAAGCAGGGAUUCAUAACUUGGCCUCAUAGUGUCCUAAUCCAGUACUCAAACAACCACACCAAACAUACUCUCUAUCUUAAUUGGAUCCAGGCAAAAUAUCGCAACCAUAUGCAAGCUUUCAAGGUCCCAAUUUUUUUUUAAUUAAGAUGUGUGGUUCAAAAGGUUUGAAGAAAACUGAGGAAAUCAAAAAGUGUACAUUUUUGUGGCAUUUUAAUUUGCCUCAAAUAACAUAUUAUCCCAUUACAGCCUUUAGCUUUUUUAAUCUCCAUGGGCCAACAUAGCUGCCAUUUUUAAUGUAAUAUAUUAUCCCCAAUGCAGUGUGAUAAAAUCAAAGAAUGCUUGAAAUUCUGAUGCCCAUUGCAUAUUUAUGUUUAAAAGGGUUUCCAGUCCUUGACCAAGAAGCAGGAUGUCAACCUGCUGUAGCAUGGCAAUUUAGGUCUUAUUUCACAAAAUGCUCAUGUAAAGCAUAAUAAUUAUCUAAAGCAGGAGGGGGCAAAGUGUAGCUUGCCUGGAAUCAAUAUUUCUUCCCCAAAAUGCCCUCAAUGGGGAAUGGGAGCAUUUCUGUUGCAUGUUUUCUCUUCCCCAAGCCAAUUUACUAGGGGACAUUUUGAAACAGGAACUGGGAAUGACUUCUACUUCCUGUGUUUAAAAGCCCUAUCCUUGGCCAGAGGCGGUUCAACCACCAGGCCAACUAGGCAGUUGCCUGUGGCGCCAUCUUGUUGGGGGCGCCAUCGAGGCAACUCCUGUCUCCUGUGGCCUGCCUCAGGAAAACUGCUUGAACUGCUUUUUCUGUUGAUUUGUUGUAAAACAUGAUGUUUUAGUGCUUAAUUUGUAAAAUCUUAAUGUAAUUUGAUGUUUAAUAGGAUUUUCCUUAAUCCCUCCUUAUUAUCAAACAUUUUCGCGUAUCCAACACUUUUAUUUUUCAGUGAUUGGUGUGGGGGGAGGGGCGGUGCCAAAAUUCUGUUCUCCUACACUUGAAAAAUACCUAGGGCCGGCUCUGUCCUUGGCCUACAAUGGCCAAUGGACCCUACAAACAUAUUGAAAAAUGCCUCCCACACCUGCUAGAGGGCAUUUAGGAGCAAAAGGAUUGAUUUGCGGAGUGCAGGGUAUAGGUUCUUCUGGGGUGAUAAUGCGACUCCCAAGCCUUCGAAAUUGCUCAUCCCUGAGAGCAACAUAUAUAUAUUAGCAUCUGCUCAUGCAGAAUGACUGCUUUUCUUAUAUACCCACAAAAUGUAUGUUCAAGUAUAGGACCAAAAAAGAAAACUGCCUUAUCUGUGCUCACAUUCUGCACAUGGUUACUUCAUAAAUCAAGUUUCAGUGAAAUCCAGAGUGGAGGCUGGUUUGCAAGAAUGAAAGAUUUUCAGCUCUACAUGUAUAAAAGGUAAAAGUAAAGGUUUCCCCUGACAUUAAGUCCAGUUGUGUCUGACUCUGGGGAUCGGUGCUCAUGUCCAUUUCUAAGCCGAAGAGCCGGCGUUGUCUAUAGACACCUCCAAGGUCAUGUGGCCGGCAUGACUGCAUGGAGCGCCGUUACCUUCCCACUGGAGCGGUACCUAUUGAUCUACUCACAUUUGCAUGUUUUCAAACUGCUAGGUUGGCAGAAACUGGGGCUAUGUACUUAAAGCCUACAUAAGCUGACACAUAAAAAUGAAUUUCAUCAUAGUCACUUCAGCAUUUUUCAGUGGAGGGAAGACUGGUCUUACAGACUCCAUCUACACUGCCAUAUAAUUCACGUUGAAACUUCAUUAUAUGGUCAGUAUAGACUCAUAUAAUGCAGUUUAACUGCAUUAUAUAGCAGUGUAGUUGGGGCAGUGUACAUAUGAUGAGUUUGAAGAAUGUAGUAGUAAGGUGGAGGAAACACACUAUGUGUCAGGAAAUUGGUAGCAUACAUUUUCCAAAAAAAGUUAAAUUGACUUUAUUCCAUUUGCUAACAUAUUUUUUGAAUUAUAGUGCUGACAGACCAUACAUGUUAGUGACAGACAAAUUACAGUUUGUCAGGUAAUUUAAUGAGACUGGAGUACUCUCUGAGGGUGUUCAGCUUUCUUGAUUUUUACAUGAGGAUUUUUAUAUUGUAGAAAUUUAUAUGGAUAGAGGAAAUAAAUGGAUCCAGAUUUUAGAAAACCUCAACAACCAGUGAUUACAAAUUUUAAUAUCAUAUAUGUAUAAAAUGUUUUUAUCACUUUGCAAUCACCUAAGGUAAAUUACUUAUAUAUGAACAUAUAAAUUACAAUAACAUAAAAUUGACACUGAAGUCUCAAAAAUUCUCAAAUUAAAUAAUGAAACUGUCAAGAGUCAGACGCCAAUUAGCGAACAAAAAUAGAGUUUUUUCAGCAGAUAAGCCAAAAGGUAAUGUUAACACAGAAAAAACCUUGAAACACUUCACUAUCAGUGCUUCAAGAGCAGUUCAAAGAAAAAUAUAAUUCAGCAACACAAGCAGGUAAAAACAAAGCUAAACAAACUUAGUGCAAACUGCACUUUCUGAGUCCAAGCCCUGCCAGCCGGCUCUGUAGUUUUCAAAGGAACAGUUCCCAAAAGAAAACACCAAAUUGGUCAGGAAACAAACAAACAAACUAAGAAUGCAGUAGACUGCUUCCACAAUGUGGAUAAAGCCAAAGGCUCCAAAAGGAUGGUGAAAAGACGUCGUCCGGGAUUCCAAGGUCAGGUCAGGAGAUAACAGCAGUGUCCAAAGAGCAAGCCAGGAGUCAAAAGCCGAUAGUAGUCAUCAAUCACAGGGCGAAGGCAGUAGCAAGGUCAAAUUCCGAUCCAAGGUCUGAAGAGGGUGCAGUCAUCCAAAACAGGUCCACGAUAAGACACAGCGAGAGCCAAGCUAGGUGAUAACAGCAGAUUCAAAUCAUAGUCCAAGUCCAGUCUUCAUGGAAACACAGAGAUCCCAAUGGCGCCUCAGCAACACCUUGCCACACGCAAAGUGCAGUGGCCAAACAUUCCCAUUUUAUUCCCCUUCCUCCUGGGUGACCAAACACUCACACCCAAACACGAGGUGUCCCAAAUCUACUCAGAGUCUGAGCUCCACACAGCUAGAGCUCGUGGAUCUGGAGUACCUAGCAAUUCGUCGGAGUCCCAAUCAUCCUGCCCACACUUAGCCCCAUGAACACUUAAAGAACCAUCCUCCCUUCUCCAAGCAUCCCAAUUGGGAUCAGCUCCUGCAGAAACCCCAGGUUCAGAAGUAUCCAUAGACCCCAAAUACCCAGACAUCUCCGGUGGCUGUGCCCAUUCAGUGCCCGCUUCCCCAGCCACCACCUGUUCCUCAGCAUCCAUCUCCCCAUCUGAAUCUUCCUCAGAAGAUCCCCCAUAUAGCUCUCUAAGUCGCUUCCUGCGCAACUCCUCCAGUGAACCCUCAUCACGAGGGUCUUUUCUUCCUCUUCGAAUUCCAUCACCAUCAACCAUAAUCCCCGAAGGCGCAGUCACAACAGAAACAAUUCAAUUUCAUUGCUAUAAAUUAGGUUAGGAAGGGCUGCUUGAAUGAUAAAAUUUCCCAGUUUCAUGAUACUUUUUUUAAAGGCAUCUCCCUGUAGAAUCCGUUUGGAACUGUGGUCCAGGUUGAGCCAAAGCUAAAUGUUUAAUAUACAGAAGUGUAUUAACUACUGAAUCACAGUAAUGUUCCUCUGGGUUUAUUGGAAAAUAUGCUUACUGCUCCCAUUUCCUCCAAUUAUAUUCAAAUAAAAAUUAUGCUCAGAUAUUGAAGAGACCGGCAGUCAUCCAUUGAAUUGUCAUGAUUAAGAAAUACUCAGGCCUUGAAUAGUUCAGUAAAUUGUUUUAGCAAUUCAGAUUAAACUAAUUAAAACGAAAGGAAGCCUUUGCCACCUGAUUGUAGCUUUUUCUAUCUGUCUUCAUGAGAAUAAAAAUGCAAAGGACCUUCUGUCCUCUUACAGUUUCUCUUGUUUCUAUUUUUAGUGAAGUCAUUUCUUUUUAGAACAUAGGACUGGAAUUGACAUUGAUUGAAAAUGCCUACAUUUAUAGAGAUGCCUGUGAAUAACAGUGAUUUGCCCUAGUUUGUACAACAUGCUUAAGGUGUAUCAUAUCCAUGCAUUCAGUUGAAGUAAUAAAUCAUAGGUUAUUCAGUGCAAUGACUGCACUAAAAAUGUAUGGCCAUUGUAUAGGUUUCUGUACCAAGUCUCUUAAAGCCUUUUUAUCAGUAAGUAAGUAUCUACAGUGGUUAUUUCCUGUAAAUCUCUUGUACUUAUACCUUACAGCUAAAAAGCUCUUUGCAUGCAUUUGCAUUCAUACCUAGGACUUUUGUCCACUCAGAGUUUAUGGUGGGGUAGGGCAAGGGGGAAAUUUUCAUGUAAAAACUGCUACAUCCUUCAUAAUAUUAAAUCCAUAUGGUUGGGCUGAGAAAAACAGAAACUUUGCUGCAUAUGUAAACACAUAUUAUUGUUAUUAGAUUGUGUGUUUUUCCUGACUGGAACUAAUCAAUCCCUGUAUCAAGCUCUUCUAUUACAUCAAUAAGGUUCUUUACUUCAUUAACUCCUGGUGAGAAAACCACAGAAAAUUAAAAGGUCCUUCCCUAGCUGUAUGUAAUCAAUCCUCAUCUAUCUGAUAGACUGAAAUAAUGAGCUUCAGUAUUUAUUUACAAAUGACUUUAUUUUUGGCCCUCCAUAUCCUUGUGUUCUGCAUCCAUGGAGUCUACCAUCCAAAGCUUGAACGUAUUUUUUUAAUUCCAAAAAAGGAAAUCUUAACAUUGACAUUUUAUAUAAGGGACACCAUUUUACUAUGCCAUUGUAUAGAAUGGGAUUGAGCAUCCAUAAAUAUUGGUUUCCACAGGAGGUCCUGGAACCAAACCCCAACAGAUCACAAAUGCUGUAAUUAAAUAAGAACAAGUAAUGCACAAAAAACAAUAUUCUGUGAGUGCAAGAUGCUAUCCAGAUCAUUGUAGAUCAGUGGUUCUCAACCUGGGGUCCCCAGAUGUUUUUGGCCUUCAACUCCCAGAAAUCCUAACAGCUGAUAAACUGGCUGGGAUCUCUGGAGGUUGUAGGCCAAAAACAUCUGGGGACCCACGGGUUGAGAACCACCAUUUUAGAUAUUGAUCUCUCCAUCUAACAAUCCAGGUUAAGACAUGGUAAUUUUACAUUAAAAAUGAAGAAAGACUAGUUUUUUGUGAUAUUUUCACCUAUUUUUUCCUGAUUAUAAGGUAAGUUGCUUUGAUAUUUAAAAGACAGAAAGACACACCAUGAUUUUCAGCAGCCAUCCUCUUUCCCAGCAAGUCUUUACAACCCUCAGCAUCACAUUACUUUUUAAUGUUGUGCUUCAGGCGUUCUAGUAGAAUUAUUGUCAUGAGUCAUAUUUAACCUUUUGUACAAUAUCUGAUUGCAAGCAGAGGGACAGAUGAAGCAUUCUUCAUCCUGAAGUGCACUGAUGGUUUGUGCACUAUGAGGAGACUGGCACACAGAAAACUCUAUCAGAGGUUAAAUCCAGGCACCAUCUAUUUCCUAUUAUCAAUUGGCAUUUUGCUACUCUUAUGAGAAAUUAAGCAACAGCUAUGUUGUGUCAGGUCAAAAUUGCUCCACAGAUGAAGAUAAACCCUACCAAAAAGCAUUUUCAGGUACAAAAGUUUGCAAUGUAGUGUGGCAAUUCUCACCCGGAGCCACAAUGACUAAGCUGAUACUAUUGAACUUUAGAUAUACGUGUAUUGUGAGUUGACAUGACUUAUUGGAAAGGAGGUUAAUAGUUAGGAGCUGGCAGUAGAAAAAGAAGAACACGUUACAAGUAAAUAGACUCAAUCAAAGGAGCCACAGCCCUGAGCUUGUAAGGUAGUAAUAGGAAUUCAUGAUGUCUCUCAUCCAUAAAGUCACUGUAGGUCAAAGCUAACUUGACAGCACACAAGAAGAAGAACAUCUUGAUAUGUACCUGUUUUGUGUUUUCCAGAGGAGAGUGUCAAAGUUGUUACUUGUCUUUUUCCUUACUGGCUUUGUGUGAGCAUCUGCAAUUAUUUAUUACACUUUCCCCUGCCCAAUAGCUGAACUUCUCUGGGCUGAACUUCUAUUUUAAAAGCAAGCAAAAUCAUAACAUACAAGCAUUGCAUAACACCAAUACCAAGCUAAUAGAUACAAAAUCCAGCAGAUCCAAAGACAAAGGCCUUUUAAAACUGAGGGCAAAAAAUAUUGUAAUAAGAUUUUUUUUCUUUUCUACAACAUGAGUAUCUCUUACAUGAAAUGUUUAGAACCAGAAGUGUUUUGGAUCUUUUAAGAUUUUGGCAUAUUUGUUUUUUCAUAAAUGUAUAUAUGAGCUAUCAUGGGAGUAGGACAAAACUCUAAAUACAAAAUUCAUUUGUAUUUCAUAUACAUCUUAUGUAAUCAUGUAAUAUUUGUAAUUAUUUUGUAAUGAAACAAAGUUGGUGUACAUUACACCAUCAUAUUGAUCUGAUCCUAGAUUGAAAUGCUGUAACAUCCAUUGAAUGUUUAAAAAAUCAUAAAAAGUUACUUUAAUCAUGUAUUGUGAUGUUUAACUUUUGUUAAAUUGGUGAAAAUUGGUAUUCUGAUGUGUUCAGCUGCCUGUGAGAAAGGAUGUGGGAAAAUUGGGAUAUAUUUUCAUGUAUGUCGGACAGCUCCUUGGUGAGUCAUUAUUACAAGUCUGUUCAGGCAGAAAUAAUGGAUAUUACUAAACAGCCAGUUGUUGUGUCUCUGAAAAUAGCUCCAUUUGGUCUUUUUACACACCCAAAUUCAAACCUACUGCAUAAGAUUUUAAUUAUCUUUUAUAUACUAGCUGUGAGGUCAGAAAUGCCCAAAAUAUGAAAGAGGGUAAUCACAUAUACAGAUAGGUAUUGUACAGUGCAUAUUUUGCGUGUGAGUGGACAGAUAGAUACCAUCUCAUUUAGCACUGCUUGGUGUCUAUUUAUUUAUGGUGUUAGAAAAAAAGUUCAUCAAAAGUAGCCACCCUCUGCUCAAGAAGGAUUGGGGUGAAUCUUUGCAGGUUGAAAUGUUGACAAAUGUCAAUCAAAUUCAUUGUGUAAUUUUAAAUAGAUAUAGCUUGGAAAUCUGUUGUUCUUCCUACACUGUAUGGAUUUUCUUAAUUAUACCUGUUAUUUCUUAAGUCUUGUUGAAUCCAGUAAUAUCUGGAGAAAAGUAAGUCAUGAUUGUAUGAUAUUAGAAACAACAAGGAAACAAUUAUUUUGUUGCAAAAUUUGUAUUUUUAGAAUUUUUUAUAUUUGUUUUAAAUUGUUAUAAUUUAAUUUGUAAGAUUCUUUAACAUGUAUUUGGCCUAUUUAAAUUAUUUUUAAUAUUUUACAUUUUGUAACUGUGAGAGUCAGCAUGGUGUCAUGGUUUGAGCAUUGUCUGUCUCGGUCUCUGUUUGAUGUGUUUAUGGGCAUUGAAUGUUUGCCCUAUAUGUGUAUAAUUGUGAUGUCUCAUGGGCCUUGUAGUCCCGUUCCUAGUACUAUUGUGGCAGACGAAGAGGAAAACAUGGGAUUUACACCGUUUCAGCCAGAAACGGAGCCCCUGCACCUGCAGGAUGUUUGCCCUCAAGAAGUUACCCAAACAAGCCUUGGGCAGAAUUCUCCCCCGUUUUCUCGAAAGGACAAUUAUAAUAAAGAUAGAGGCGCUAGGGAGGCGAAUCGCCGAAGCGCCAGAAUCGCAGCCAAACAAUUAGCUGAUUAGGUCUGCUUCCCUUGGGAAAUUCUAAGGAGUCAUGCAUCUGGACUAAGUUGGGUUUCACAUCUAGUUCUCCAGGGAAAGUGUUCUUCUGGCGGGAAACGAGACCCUAUUUAGGUGUUUGCCGCAAGGGAAACCUUGCGGAGUCAAUUCGUCAGCUCGAGGAGUGAGAUCGUGUGUGGACUCCAGUUCCUUGUUUCCCGUAUCAAGUUCAAGUCUGCCUUGUCCCACGUUUGCCACGGACCUUGUUUGCUCUUGUUGCCUUGUUUCAAGUCUUGUUCUAGCCAAGUAUCAAGUUUGCUUUCCAGCCUAAUUGCCAAGUUUCUAUGGACUAAAGGACCUUGUCUUCUCCCCACACUUUGCUAGGCAAAGUGUGUGUUUCGGUUAUUGGAUUAUAACUUUGGACUCUAAUAUCACAUAUUGGACAUUAUUUUCCUGGACUAUUUUUGACCUUUCCUGAAAGGUCUACUUCUGAACUAUAUUCUUCACUUGUUUUUAUUGACUUUAUAUAUUUCCUUAAUAAAGAAAUUAGAUAGAUUCUGGUCUCUGCGCAUGGUUAUUGGUGUUCUGCAGCCUGGAUCCUGACAGUUUGACUCCGCCACCCUAAGCACCAAUUAACCUAAGGCCAGAAUGUCUACAGGAACCGGGGCGGAAGCCCAACCACUCAGCUACACCAUUUCCAAGGAAGAAUUCAACAGGAUCCGAGAUACUCUCCGAACACAGGAGGGUGAAACGCGGAGCGCGCCUCCCUGCCCUAGCGCUUCCAACCAAGUUUACUGGAGAAGCCUCCAAGGUUCAUGUUUUCCGUCGCCAGUGCCAGGCGUACAUAGAAGCCCGCCAAGCCGAAUUUCCCCACGAGGAUGUCAAAGUGGCGUGGAUUUACAGUCUCCUAGAUGGGCCUGCGGCCAAUUGGGCGAUGGCGCUGUUUGAUGCGGGUUCCACGCACCUAAGCUCCGCGCAAAGUUUCUUGAACCACCUUAGGAAGACCUGGGGGAUCGAGGACAACGAGGAGGCGGCCGGCCAUAAACUCCGGCGACUCCUUCAAGGGGACAGGCCGUUGUCCCGGUACAUAGCCGAGUUCCGGGUGCUGGCUCAGAACACCGGUUGGAACGAUAUCGCCCUCAGAGGGCAGUUUCGUGAGGGCCUUAACUUCGAGAUGCAGGAAGAAAUCUCUAAGGUGGAUCCUCCAGAGACUCUUGUGAGACUCAUUAAUCAUUGUCUACGAACCGAAGUCCUGCUUGCCAACAAAAAACAGUGGCUCCGAGGUCAGAGUGGAAGAGCCGGGGUGAGACCCCCCGCUUCUACCAGUAUUCAGCCACGACCAGUAUGGAAAUCCCCACCGCCAGCCCCAAACCCCAUGGGAAGCAAGGAAGAACCGAUGCAGUUGGGCAAUGUGCGCCCCAGACUGGAUGUUGCCGAAAAGGCCCGCCGCCAACGUUUGAAUUUGUGUUGGUACUGCGGGAAUGGGGGCCACCUCGCCAGAGAAUGUCCAGCCAAAAGAAAGCCCGCCACCCGCCUGGCAGUGGCGUCCUCCGUGGAGCCAGAGACGGCCGAGGCGGCUGGAGCCAAGCCGGCGGGGGAAGCCAGCGACCGGGCGUAGAGAGGCUCGCCAACCCGGUCAAAAAUCCCACUCAAGAGCCGCAGACGGGGGUCCUAUUUCUCCUAGUGGUCACGUUGUGGUCAGCGAAAAAGGGACCCGUCAUGAUCCAUGCCAUGAUAGACUCAGGAGCAACAAACAAUUUCAUCGAUAGAGAGUAUGCCGACUCUCUGGGAUUACAAUAUCAUGAUUUCAAGAAUGCCCGGGUGGUGCAGGCUAUAGAUGGUCGUCCCCUAAAGACGGGUCCAGUAAGCCAAUGGACUGAACCCACCAGAAUGUGGAUAAGGGAACACAUGGAAGAGAUUUCCUUCUUUGUUACCGAGGUGCCCCACUUCCCUGUGAUUUUGGGAAUUCCAUGGCUGACACUCCACGACCCAAACAUCUCCUGGACCAACAGAGAACUACAGUUUGCUUCAAAGUAUUGCCAAAACCAUUGUCUAGUAGCCAAGGUCUGCCAUGCCACAGACGCUGAGCCCAUCAUCACCUUGCCCAAGAAAUAUUCCGACUUCUGGGACGUUUUCAAUGAAAAGGAAGCCGAGAAACUACCCCCACAUAGACCCUAUGACUGUGCCAUUGACUUGGUGGAGGGGCCCCCGAUCCCGCGAGGACACCUCUACUCCCUGACUGAACCAGAGCAAGAAGCUCUCAGGGAGUUCAUAGAGUCAAAUCUUCGCAAGGGAUUCAUCAGACCCUCUCAAUCCCCAGCUGCUUCCCCGGUGAUGUUUGUGAAAAAGAAGUCAGGGGACCUACGCUUGGUUGUGGACUAUAGAGCAUUGAACAAUAUCACGAAGUGGAACCGCUACCCUCUGCCUUUGAUCUCGGACCUAUUAGACCGGCUUCGAGGGGCCAAGGUUUACACCAAGCUGGAUCUCCGGGGGGCUUACAAUCUAGUUCGCAUCAGGGAGGGGGACGAAUGGAAAACCGCCUUCCAGACCAAAUUCGGAUUAUUCGAGUCCCUGGUCAUGAAUUACGGAUUAUCUGGAGCUCCCGCAACAUUCCAGCAUUUUGUCAACGAUAUCUUCCAGGAUUAUCUAGAUCAGUUCUUGAUCAUAUACUUGGACGAUUUUUUGGUGUUUUCUAGAUCACAAUCGGAGCACGAGAAACACGUCAGAAUGGUGCUACAACGAUUGCGGGAUCAUGGACUAUAUGCCAAGUUAGAAAAAUGCGCCUUUGAUCUGCAAGAAGUAGACUUCCUGGGGUACCGCGUCUCGCCACAAGGGCUCUCCAUGGACCCGGCAAAGGUUUCCGCAGUAUUGGAAUGGCGGGCGCCAACCAACAAGAAGGAAGUGCAAUGUUUCUUGGGGUUCGCGAACUACUACCGCAAAUUCAUCCCAGACUUCGCCCGCUGGUCUGACCCAAUCACCAGCUGCAUCCGUGGAAAACAGCCUUUCCGCUGGACGGAGCAAGCAGAGAAAGGGUUUCAACAAUUAAAGAAGUUAUUCACGACCCAGCCAAUUCUACAGCACCCUGAUCCUAAAACCCCUUUUGUUGUGCAGGCUGACGCCCCUGAUGUGGCAAUUGGGGCUAUACUCAUGCAACCAGUGGGAGAGCAUCUUCAUCCUUGUGCCUAUUACUCCCAUCAACUAACAGCCCCAGAGAGGAAUUACACUAUUUGGGAGAAAGAACUCUUGGCCAUAAAGGCAGCCUUUGAAAAUUGGAGACAUUGGUUAGAAGGUGCCAAAUUUCCCAUUGAGGUUCACACUGAUCAUCGAAAUUUGGAACACCUAAGGACCGCAAGAAAGCUAAAUCAAAGGCAACAGUGCUGGGCUUUAUUCUUUGAACGUUUUGACUUCCAGAUCCAUUAUGUAACCCCAGCUCAGACCAAGCAGGCAGAUGCUUUAUCACGGAAACCCGAGUAUGCUGCAGGACGCAGAGAGACCUUCGAAUCUCGAUUGCUGCAGCCCGAGAACUUUGCCACGCUCACAGUGGGAAACACCAAAUCCACUCCAAUGGAACCAACUCCUUCCAACCCAGAACCCCUUUGCGCUCAAGAAAUUAGAGCCAGCCAGCAGGCAGAUGCCUGGGCUCAAGAACAGAUUCGCCAAGGACUACGUUUCCCUUUCUCACUUAAGGAUGGGCUAUUGUGCUACAGGAAUCAUGUUUACAUCCCUCCAGGCCCCGGCAGAGAAAAGGCACUCGUCUGUGUCAUGACAGCAAGCCAGCAGGGCAUUUUGGACUCUUUAAAACCAUGCACUUGAUUCUACGAGAUUUCUGGUGGCCCAAGAUCCGCAAGGAUGUGGAGAAAUAUGUCAAUACCUGUCCUGUAUGUCAGCGCUCCAAGACACGAAGGGAGAAGCCCUCGGGGCUACUACAUCCUCUCCCCACUCCUUCUCGCCCAUGGGAGAUAAUUUCCGCGGAUUUUAUCACUGACCUACCACCUUCCCUUGGAUUCACCACGAUCCUAGUGGUGGUGGACCUUUUUACCAAGUUGGCCCAUUUCAUUCCCUGCGAUGGCCUCCCCACAGCCAAAGAGACUGCAGAUUUAUUCCUUCAGCAUGUUUUCAGACUACAUGGAUUGCCCAAGAGUUUAGUCACGGACCGUGGAUCUCAAUUCACCUCUCGUUUCUGGAAGGCACUACAAAAACUAUUGGGCAUAGACUCUCGUUUAUCUUCAGCUCACCAUCCCCAAACGGAUGGGCAAACUGAGCGCACCAAUGCCACUUUGGAACAAUACCUUCGCUGUUAUGUAAACUACCAGCAGGACAAUUGGGCUUCCCUAUUACCUCUAUCGGAGUUUGCUUACAACAAUGGUGUCCAGGCUUCAACUAAAGAAACCCCGUUCUUUGCAAACUACGGCUUCCACCCACGUUUCUUCCCUUCUGUCAUUGAAUCCUCAGAAGUCCCUGCAGUGGAGGACUGGUUACAAGAACUUACAGCGGUGCAACAACUCUUGCACCAACAACUGGAUCAAGCCAAGGAGGACUAUAAACGCCACGCUGACGGCCAUCGCCAGCCGGGCCCCGAGAUCAAGGUAGGAGACCGGGUCCUAUUGUCCACUCGCUUUUUGCCCUCCCACCGUCCUUGCCGGAAGUUAGAUGCCCGUUUCAUUGGUCCCUACCCAGUGGUGGCGCAACUUAACCCUGUGACUUUCAAACUCCAACUUCCGCGCUCCAUGCGCAUUCAUCCGGUGCUUCAUCGUUCCCUGCUCCUUCCGGCGGAUGGGGUACGCCCCGAUGUGGACCAGCCGGCCCCCGCCCCUGUUUUGGUGGCCGGGGAGGAGGAAUUCGAGGUUCAGGACAUUUUGGAUUCUCGCUUUCAUCGCCGCCGCCUUCAGUAUCUCAUUGACUGGGUGGGUUUUGGGCCUGAAGAACACUCUUGGGAAGACGCUUCCACAGUCCAUGCUCCCGAUUUAGUCCGCCGCUUCCAUCAGGUCUACCCUGCCAAGCCGCGGCCCCGCACCUCGGGAAGAGGGCCCAUUUUGGAGAGGGGCCUUGAGGAGGGGGAUAGUGUGAUGUCUCAUGGGCCUUGUAGUCCCGUUCCUAGUACUAUUGUGGCAGACAAAGAGGAAAACAUGGGAUUUACACCGUUUCAGCCAGAAACGGAGCCCCUGCACCUGCAGGAUGUUUGCCCUCAAGAAGUUACCCAAACAAGCCUUGUCUCGAAAGGACAAUUAUAAUAAAGAUAGAGGCGCUAGGGAGGCGAAUCGCCGAAGCGCCAGAAUCGCAGCCAAACAAUUAGCUGAUUAGGUCUGCUUCCCUUGGGAAAUUCUAAGGAGUCAUGCAUCUGGACUAAGUUGGGUUUCACUUCUAGUUCUCCAGGGAAAGUGUUCUUCUGGCGGGAAACGAGACCCUAUUUAGGUGUUUGCCGCAAGGGAAACCUUGCGGAGUCAAUUCGUCAGCUCAAGGAGUGAGAUCGUGUGUGGACUCCAGUUCCUUGUUUCCCGGAUCAAGUUCAAGUCUGCCUUGUCCCGCGUUUGCCACGGACCUUGUUUGCUCUUGUUGCCUUGUUUCAAGUCUUGUUCUAGCCAAGUAUCAAGUUUGCUUUCCAGCCUAAUUGCCAAGUUUCUAUGGACUAAAGGACCUUGUCUUCUCCCCACACUUUGCUUGGCAAAGUGUGUGUUUCGGUUAUUGGAUUAUAACUUUGGACUCUAAUAUCACAUAUUGGACAUUAUUUUCCUGGACUAUUUUUGACCUUUCCUGAAAGGUCUACUUCUGAACUAUAUUCUUCACUUGUUUUUAUUGACUUUAUAUAUUUCCUUAAUAAAGAUAUUAGAUAGAUUCUGGUCUCUGCGCAUGGUUAUUGGUGUUCUGCAGCCUGGAUCCUGACAAUAAUGUGAUCUGCCCUGAGUCCCCUUCGGGAUGAGAAGGGCGGAAUAAAAAUACUGUAAAUAAAUAAAAAAUAAAAUAAAUUGGACAAUGACUCUAGAGACUAGGGUUCAAAUUCACAUACAGGCAGAAAACCUACUGGGUGUCCUUGUGCAAGACACACUCUUUCAGCCUCAGAGAAAGGCAAUGGAAAAUUAUUAUUUAUUUUUAUCCUGCUUUUCUCCCAUGGGAGGGAUUCAAGGUGGUGUACAAUGGUUAAAUGACAAAACAAUGGUUAAACAACAAACCUCUUCUGAAAAAAAUCAGGCCAAGAAAAUGCCAUAGUAGGUUCACCUUAGGGUUGCCAUGGGUCAUAAAUAACUGGAAGGCAAACAACAACAACAACAACAACAACAACAACAACAACAACAACUGAUCUUAUUGUAUGCCACCCUGAGAUCUUCAGAUGUGGAACAGGAUAGAAAUAAUGUAUAAACAUCUAAUUAAAAAUUCCAUUUCGACAUAUAAAAUUGAUUAUAUGUUAGUAGUAGUCUUAGUAGUCUCAUUCCUUUCUGGUGCAAAAGUCCACAUCUUAUACAUACUCAAGGCGCAAAUGCAAACAGUGCCAACAAAGAAUAAAAACAAGACAAGUGCAAAGAAGCCAGAAUUGAUAAAGUUACGAGCUGGGUAGAGGCAGGGAAUGCUGUGGAUGUAGCGUACCUAGAUUUCAGUAAGGCCUUCGACAAGGUCCCCCAUGGCCUUCUGGCAAACAAGUUAGUCAAAUAUGGGCUAGGUAAAACUACAGUUAGGUGGAUCUGUAAUUGGUUAAGCGAAUGAACCCAAUGGGUGCUCACCAAUGCAUCAUCUUCAUCUUGGAAAGAAGUGACAAGUGGAGUGCCGCAGGGUUCCAUCCUGGGCCCAGUUCUGUUCAACAUCUUUAUUAAUGACUUAGAUGAAGGGUUAGAAGACACGAUCAUCAAGUUUGCAGAUGACACCAAACUGAGAGGGAUAGCUAACACUCCAGAAGACAGGAGCAUGACAGGAGAGAGAUGGGACGAAACUAACAAAAUGAAGUUCAACAGGGAUAAAUGCAAGAUACUUGGGUUGGACUGGAUGGUCCGUGAGGUCUCUUCCAACUCUACGAUUCUAUGAUUCUAUGAUUUCAGUAAUCCAGAUAAUUGUAACCAGUCUGCAUCCAUACAUACAAGAUUGCAGUUGGUAUAUCAGUCUUGGUAGAUAAAAGAUGCUUAACUCUGUCAAGACCACUGGAGCCCCUUUAAAGCAAGGAUAGGCAACAUGCAGAGCCGGCCCUAGGUAUUUUUCAAGUGUAGGCGAACAGAAUUUUGCCCCCCCCUCCCCCAAAACCAAUCACUAAAAAAUAAAAGCAUUGGAUAAGUGAAAAUGUUGGAUAAUAAGGAGGGAUUAAGAAAAAGCCUAUUAAACAUAAAAUUACAUUAUGAUUUUACAAAUUAAGCACCAAAACAUCAUGUUUUACAAGAAAUCAACAGAAAAAGCAGUCUCAACUGCUCCCCUGUAUGUUUUGUGCCCCAAGCGACCGCUUAAUUCACCUCAUUGUUGGACCAGCUCUGGCAACAUGUCUGCUAAAUAUGACACCCCAAUGCACCCUCAGCUCUUCCCAAAUUCAUCAACAACUGGAAAGGUGUUUUGCUAACUUUAAACACCUUGAAGUGGUUUGCCAUUAAUUUUUAGUAGGGAACUGUAUCAUAGUGAUUUUGCUUUCCAGGUCCUGUUCUCCUAUAAAGUGUGGUUGUAUAUUUAAAAAAAAAAAUUCUUCCCCACAAGACAAGAAAAAUCAAAUCAGUAUUUAGUUUUGAGGCUUAACUAAAUGUUGUAUCAGUCACUCACUAUUGGAUUUGUGUCUUCUACACAUAAUCAAAUCUCUUGCCAAUUGAACUAAAAGAGAUUACCUUGAACUAACUAUAGAAAGGCUUAUAUAUAAAGAUUCCAAUGUGAUAAACAGGUAGCCUGCAUUACCGUAUAUGUUUAAAUGGGCUGGAACAAAGAAAAGUGAGCAGCUUUACCUGUGAAGUUGAGACUAUGGCCAUGGCCAGUUGGCACUCUAAUCUUUGGAGCCAUUGCCUGUAGAAUUAUAAUGUCCAUGUCUUGUACAAACAAAGUUAGAUAUCUCAACACAGGAAUUAUUGUAUUUGUCUUCUGAUGCUAUGUCACAAUGAUUAAAACAUACUGGGGGCCACACUGGGUGAAGCAUGAACCAAGUAUGGGUGGAAAUAUCAAUGUGACUCCUUUUGCCAGAAUGUGAGAUGGUGGGAGAUAUCUGUAUUCUGUCAUUCCAUUCACUCUCUCAACUUCAUAUUUCAGAGCAUGAUGAAAUAAACUAUACCAAUAAUCUGGAAGAUUAUUUCUGUUUUGAUAAAGGUGUCUCCUAGGCCUAAAACAUGGUGAAACUGCCCCUUUCAUAUCCUAGAGGGCAUUUGGGGAGGGAGCAUAUGGUUGGAAAUAUGUCCCCUAAGGUGUCCUAGGAGGAUAAUACUAGCUUCCCAGCAUGAUGUAGUGGUUUGAGUGUUUGACUACAAAUCUGGAGACCAAUGUUCAAAUGCCUGGUGAGCCAUGGAAAUCCAGUGAGUGGCCUCAGGCAAAUCACAAUCUCUGAUCCUUUCAGGAAGCAAUGGCAACCACUCUUCAGCAGAAAUUGUGCCAAGAAAGCAUUGUGUUGUGUUCGUCUUAGGGUGGCCAUAAGUCGGAAUGACUUGAAGACACAUAACACACACAGCACCCCAAAGCUGUCCACCCUUGUCUUGUAGAAUAAAUAUGAACCUCAUGCUUCACAAUCCAAAUGUCCAGAUUCUUUCCAUAUCAUUGCCCUCACUGACCUAUCUUUUUCUAUAAUCAGUUGCCAAUUCAGGUCAAGUCUAUUUGUAGAGAUGUGGAUUGGAAGAUUGUAGGGUACUUCUCUUUGGUUUACCAUUAUAACGAUUAAUCUCGGGCUCACGUGCUUUCUUGAACAUUUCAGGAGAUCAUAAUUUACCAUUUAGAUUAACUUCAGUUUAGCCUAUGGUUUGAAGUUACUUGGUUUUGUGAAAUAUUUUUGAAAUUAAGCACAGUUGGUCUAUGUUUGGGUGUAGCAUUAAACUGCAGUUAAGCUGAAAUGGAAGCAAACAUUCACACAAUCUACACUGAAUGGAAGACAAAUAACUCUAAACCAUGCUUUAGCACAGAGUUGGGAAUGUGUGGAUCUGCAGAUUUUGGUUUUUUUUAUUUGUUUAUUGAAUUUAGAAUCUACUUUUCUCUUAAAUUGAGAUCCAAGGUGGUUUGUCACCAGAUGUCACCAGACUUAUGUUCCCAGAAGCCUUAACCAACAUGGCCAAUGGCAGAUGUUGCAGUGUAACAUUUUAGAACUGUGGUUCUCAACCUGUGGGCCCCUAGAUGUUUUGGCCUUCAACUCUCAGAAAUCCUAACAGCUGGUAAACUGGCUGGGAUUUCUGGGAGUUGUCGGCUAAAACUCCUGGGAACCCACAGGUUGAGAAACAGUGUUUUAGAAGGUCCCAUGUUUCCCAUCCCUGUUUGAGUGUGACAACCAAGAGAAGUUCAUUGAUAGUUGUAUAGUUCAUUGUUGUUACCCUUGCUCUUUGGCCUUCGUUAUUGUAGCUUUCUCAAUGUUCCCUUUGUCUUUCCAAAUCAGACUUGAACCUGUUUAUUCAAAAUUAAGAUCCAUUUAGUUCAAUGAACACUGCUUUAAAAAAGAAAACAAAACAAUUGCACCACCAGUAAUUAUAUGUAUUCCACAGUCAUUAUCAUCAUCACCAUAAAAGCCUGAGAAAAGGGUAGGCUCUGAAAGACCGUGAGAGUGAAUAAACACAGUGAAAACCCAAAAUUGCUUUCAAAAUAAUUUAGGAUUACGAUAAAAUAGUCUGAGAGUACAGUGUUCUUGAGUAUUUUAAAAUUAAAUUAUAUUCUAAAUAUGCUUACUCCAGGAUACAUUUGCUAAAUAAAAUAGGAUGCACUGGAAUCAGUUAUUCAAUUACCUUGUGCUUAUUUCUAAGACUGGCGUUCUAAAUAACUUUGGGUCAACUUAGUAGCACUAUCAAAUAAUGUAGCUGAAUCAUUUUAAAUACUGUGGCAUUUCUAUUCUCUGGGUGAUAACUGUGUAAUCCUUUAAACAUUUACAUUUUAACUUAUCUGAAAAGAAAUUUCUUGAGGGACUUUUCUUCCCCCCUCCUCGCUCCCGCCCCCGCCCGCCUGUCCAACCCCCUACUAAGUGACUCCUUUUGAGGGGGUGGUAAAGUGGGUGGAAAUUGAUUGAAUGAGUAAUAACAAAUAGAUUGAGGAAACCUGAUGCCACUGUUCUUAUUAUGCCUACAAAGUGCAAAAGAAAAAGCUGUUUUGUCUUUUUUUCUCUCCAUGUGCUACAGAUGUUCUCAAUGUGUAUAUUUGUUGGUUUGGUUUGGAUUUGGUUUGGUUUUUUGCCAUCUUUAAAAGAUACUUCAAGAAAUCACUGUAGUGAAUGUUAAGAACAAAGAUGAGAAGUUUGGAUAAAUUGGCUUUGUUAUUGUCACCAUUAUUCCUAAUCAUGUCAGAUAUUGGGCCUUGUCACACAUGCUGCAGGAAUCAGCCAGUCUCAUUGUGUUUCAGCGAUGGCGGGGGAGGGGAACCAUCUUCUUACCAUAGCAUAUCAUCCCAUUGCAUUUGAAAAAAAGUUGAAUAUUUCCACCACCACCACCACUACCACCCCGCAUGUCUGCAACUCAUGGAAUGAAGUGCCUUUUGACUUGACUACUCCUAAUGGACUCUUGAACUGGAGUUCAGUACAGUUAGUCCUUGCUGUCUGCUGGGGUUUGGUUCCAGGACCCCAGUGAAUAUCAAUAUUUGUGGAAGCACAAUUCCAAUUUGCAUACAAUGGUCCCUUAUAUAAAAUUGUGAACAACUCAAUCAAGUACCAAAGAGAGCCUGAGGAUCUCUAAAAUGGUGGGAGGUUAAAGCAGGUAUGCCAACACAUAAAUGUUGUGUUUAGUUCAUGGUGAAAUCAAGAUUUGAUUUUUGGACAUUUUUCCCAAAAUAUUUUAAAGCCAUGAAUGGUUGAAUCCUUGGGUACAUAACCCAUGGAUACAAAGAACCUAGUAUAUAGUUCAUUUCAUUAUUUUAUUUUACUUCUUGGAAAUGUUUUAAUAGAGAUUCAUUCAGAUUUCAGAUAAUUAAUUAACUACAUCUAUAAGUCUGAGCCCUCGGUAGCGCAGUGGAUUAAACCACGGAGCUGCUGAACUUGCUGAUCGAAAGGUCGCUGGUUUGAAUCUGGGCAGCGGGGUGAGCUCCAGCUUCUGCCAACCAAAAACAUGCAAAUGUGAGUAGAUCAAUAGGUACCGCUCUGGCAGGAAGGUAACAGUGCUCCAUGCAGUCAUGCUGACCACAUGAUCUUGGAGGUGUCUACGGACAACACUGGCUCUCCAUGAUAGAAAUGGAGAUGAGCACCAACUGUCAGAGUCGGACACGACUAGACCAUGUCAGGGGAAAACCUUUACCUUUAUAAGUCUGAUGGCAAAGCUUUGAGUUCUGGGAUAGGUCCAUGUAAGUAGUAUGUGGAUAAACAAAACAUGUAAAACCAAUAGUAUUACCAUUUAUGCCGCUUAGUGUUGAAUUACAAAGCUCCACAUCUAAAUCCGUGUCCAAACACACAAUCAAGUUUACAACCAAAUGUCCAUCUGUAUCCACAGUUUGUAUGAGCAUGAGUAGAAAUUGUGCCACAUGUGCAAGUAAGUUUCAGCCAUCUUGAACUGAAUGCAGACAUUCUCCCUGAGAUGAAAUAUCCAACAACAGAGAGAAUAUGACAAGGUUUUAGCCAGAGUCUGCCAGGAAAUAUCCCUUAGAUUUGGAAACAUACUUCUAGACAAGCAGCUUCUAGUACUACUUAGACCCCUUUAAAAAAAAACACCAAUUAUUUAAUUAGUUCUACAGCACAAAUGUAAGUUUUAUUAUUCAAAGGGUUUUGACAAUAUAAAAGAUUGAUUUACUACUUUGAAAAAUAAAAUGAGUAAGUGGGAUGAUAAGAUGAUGGCCCCAAGAUAAGAUAUAAGUGAAUAUCUUCCACUGUUAUCAGUGGAAGAUUUUUUGACUGUGAAUGCUGGGAUGGGUUGAUUCCAUUGGGAAGCACUGAUUCCUGGAUAAAUUUUCUAGAGUGCAGUUCUUAUAUUAUAAUUCAACCUUCCACCACAUUGAUUCUUUUGCACAGAAAGCUAUAAACGUAUUUGCCUACAUAAAAUAAUUCAUUCCUCAAAUAUUUCUAUUAGACAAAUUAAAGCACAGAGACUGACCUUUCUAUGGCCUCAAGCAAUGGCAAUUGAAAACACAACUCUGUAUUUAAAAAUUGUGUGCAUCUGGAGCAUCAUGCUGUCCUGUAUGUUGAGCUUUUGUUAAAAUCCGUUGUUUAAAUCAGUCUAAAUUAGAACCAUUAUCCUGACCAAGGAAGUAAAUAAACAAUAUUUUCUUUCUGAAGCAAUAUCUUGCAAAGCUUCUACCUUACUACAUCAAGUCAUACUAAAUGAGGAGCGGGUACAUUAUGGCCCAGAGAAGUGUCAAAGGCCAUUUCUGUUAUAAUGAGAUUUGUGGGAGAAGAUUCUUCAAGACUUUUUCCACUUCAUGGCUUGUAAGACAGGAUUAUGCAACUCUUGGUCCUUCAUGCCUUACUGGAAUUGAAUAUCUAUUAUCUUUCAUCACUGGUCAUGCUGCCUAAGGCUGAUGAUGGCAGGCAUAUCUCAAGAACAUCUGGAGGGCUGUAUGUUGCUUAUUCUGCCUUUGAAUUUCUGUGGGUAGUGAUAUCAUUGUGAGUCACCCAGAGACAAUACCUGCCAAAGUUUUAAAUAUAGACUGUAAUAUUAUAUAGGUCUCAACAGGAGCUUAGUGAGUCCAAGAAGUCAUAAGUAAUCAGUGGAUGCACUUGUUCUUAUUUUCCCACUUGACAAACAGAAUAGAUGAGGCAGCUUAUGUGAAAGCAUAAAAGAAAGGAGUAGACUGUGAGAGAGACAGGAAAAGACGAAGAAAGAGCGAGUUGCUUUCUAUGAGAAUCCUCUGCUUCUGUUUUAUACCCCAAAAGAAUCAAAUGGGGAAGGAAUGUUAAUACUGUGUGAGUCUCCAUUUAUGCUCACUUUGUAUUCAGGUGUAAAGAAUAUCACUAAAAUGCCACACAUCCUCCAAUGUGCCUAUUCUUUAAAAAAAAACAAAACCACAAUUCAUUUCAGUGUUCAGAGAUUUAGGAUGCAGAAAGCCGUAUUUUCCCUUUUAGGUCCAAUCGAAAAUCAGGAUUUUUAAUAGGAUCAGUUAUGUUUUCUACGAUAUCCGAUUAAAAGAAAUAUUCUUAGAUCAUGUUAACAGAAAAAUGGUUACUAUUGUAACAAUUACAGUAGAGUCUCACUUAUCCAAGCCUCGCUUAUCCAAGCCUCUGGAUUAUCCAAGCAAUUUUUGUAGUCAAUGUUUUCAAUAUAUUGUGAUAUUUUGGUGCUAAAUUCGUAAAUACAGUAAUUACAACAUAACAUUACUGCAUAUUCCAAGAUAUUCGCUUUUCCAAGCUUCUGCCGGCCUGUUUAGCUUGGAUAAGUGAGACUCUACUGUACCACUUAGCACUAAGUCUUGAAAAUCUUAAAGAAGAUAAUUAUAAAAUAGCCAAGAUCCAGUGUCAGCCUGCUACACACUGUAUUUCAUUUAAGCCCUGUGUGUCUCUGGGGUGGUAUGUGAGGCAUCCUUGUACUCCAACGAAGCCAACAUCUGUCUCUUGAGCAGUUCGAUGAAUAUCAGUUCGAAGUCCAGAGGUACCAAAGGUACAUGAACAAUUUUAAUUUCAAUUCUGAAAUUGGUAUUGCAAUUAUCAUCUUUUAAAAGAUACCUCAUAUACAAGCCAUUUAGGAGCAGAUCCAUAAUUUAAACAUAGUAGUCAUAUGUUAAAAAUUAUUCAUAUAACAGAAUUGCUGCUGCAUUAAAUGGAAAUCACACACUGAAGAAAACAGUUGAGUGGUCAGCUUCUUUUUCUGGGUAUUUGUCCUUCAAACAUGAUCCUUUCCUAUAUAUAAUUCAUUAUAUCAAGAGAGAGUCUUUUCUAAGAAGUACCCCAAAAAAAUCCCAACAAUAACUGAGGCUUUUCUUCAUUUUACUAUUUAGAAAAUAAAAUUUUUAAAUUAUUGUGAAAAAUAUUUCUUUACUAAAAAUAACUAUUAAGAUGUUGUUCAUGUCCUACCUUUAACUUAAAAUGUAUGAAAAAUCAACAUAUUAAACAUUUUAAAAACAUAUGUACACAAGUAUCUCAUCAUCCAAUCAGAAUCUCCACUCUUCCUCCAUCAGAUAUUGUAGUUAAAUAAUAUAAAUCCUAAAUAAACUAUCUGAAUUUUGCACUUUUAGAUGUCAGGCAUAUGUGCACAUGUGGAAUGGAGCUAUUCAUAAAAUGUAGGACAAUGUGGUGCAAUUAGCUAAUCACCAAGUCAAAUGCUUUUAUUUUUUCUAAUAGUGCCUUUUUAUGAAAAGGCUGUUUCUAAUCAUUUAUUUCAAUCCAUUUUCAUUUAUGAGGAGCUAUGGAAGAUUUCCAGAUUUUGAAAACUAUAUAUUUACCCCCAUCCCCAAUUGGAAGAAAUACACAUGCACACAAAUGUAUGGAUAAACUAAGAGCUACUUUAUUGCCUAUUGAAACGUGGUCUACAUCAGGGCUGCAUAGUAUGUGUGUGUGUGCUGAAACAGGUAUAGUGUGUGUGUUUGUGUGUGUGUGCUGAAGCAUCUCCCCCUCAAGCUCCAAGCCUUAAAGGAGAAAGCCAGGAGCAAACAGCACUGAUAAAGGGACCAAAAAAAGUCUCUGCAGCCUGUCAUGAGCAGACACAGCAGGCAGCUUCUAAUAAGCAGAGGGCAGGUGUCGUGCCACCUCACAAGAAAAUACUAUGGCCUUCAAAAAACAUUGUCAUUACUGCUCACUCAUAAGACAGAAUUCCAAAUGCCAGACUUCAAAUAUAAACCUAGAGAGCUCUUUCACCUUGAUGUCUUCUUCUGAAACCAGGCAAUAUCCAAAGAGAAGAACAGAAGGGCAGAGCUGAGUUUUACUCCUUUUCACUCUGCAAGCAACCCAAGAAGUCUGACUGCUUAAGGCAGAGCAACAAGAAAAGCCCACUCAGAAUCAAAGUGGAAAAUGAACCAUUGCGUCCUGGGCCAAAAAGUUAUUUUGGUCCUUGGAGCAGAACAUUUCAUCACACACAUACACAUGCAGAACAACAGCAAUAUGAUGCUGCCCUGCUAUGUCGCACCCCAAAUCUGCUAUCUGAAGUGGCUACCUCACUGUGCCUAAUUAUAGACAUUUGCUUUUAGUUCCUGUUCUGUGAGCCAUAGUUUACAUCCCUUAUGUCCCACAUCUUACAGGUAGAUAUAAAGCUACAUACACCACUACGCAUAAAAUUAAUCCACCAAGACAUGCCUUGGUUUUGCUGUAGGGCACACCUGUAACAUAAGUAAUAAGUGUUGCUCCAAAAGGAGAAAAUCUUCAGUGGCUGCUGAAGUUUGUGACAUCUAUAUCAGGGCGUGAAUGAGUUCUAAGUCAAUUAGGCUCUUCACUCUCAGUGUCAAAGCAAAAUGGUCUGCAACACUGAAUACCAGUUGCUUGUGACCAGUGGUUGUGAGGAGAUGCUUGUGGCUUUCGUGUACUGUAUUGCUGUUUGGCUUCCUGGAGAUACCUUCUUAGACUCUGUGGGAAGGACUGAGAUCAGUCUGAGCAGGGCUCUUCUUACAUUUAUGGAUAUGACUAGUAUCUGUAUUAAGAUACAUUCAGAAUAUUUUUCCUUAGUCAUCCUAUAAAAGUAUAGUUCAAAUGCAAUGUUUUGUUCUUGGCUUGUCUUAUAAAUGAUUUAUGUCAAGGGAAACCAAAGAAUGGCACGUGGUAUUUGUCUUCUCCAGUCACCCUAGUAAACUAAUUGACAAAAUAGCUGCUCUUGAGAAAAUAGCUAAUGAAAAAAUGAAAGUAAUCUACUAAUCUUAUUACAUACCCACAGAUUUAAUUUUCUAUCAGACUUUAACUGGUUAUUUUCUGGGAAAUAAAUCUUGCUGGAUUGUGCCCAUUGUUUGCGCAGGCAGAAAGCAUUUCGACAAUACAUUUCUGACAUGCCACUUCAAAGAUGAAACCAGAAGAUGUAGAAUUAUAUCCAGUGGUUUGCUAGCAAGAAAUUGUUUGCACUUCUGAGCUUUUUCUUUCCUUGUUUCUGCCCUAAAGCCCCCCUAAACUACAAAAGAACGCCAUCCAGACUGGGUACCCUCCUGAAUUACAUGCCGCAAAGUAUGCCACAAAAGGCCUGCACUGAGAAGAUACUAGGCAGAAGAAUCUCGUAUCAGCUGACAUUUGAGGAAGAGUAUUCUGAGAAUAUAUAGUAAAGUGGGAGGCUGGAAUGGAAAAGGAAGGGAAGAGAAGGAUCAGUAGCAGUCAAACUCAGUUUGAUUGACAGCACUUUGAAAGCCGCUGCCACCAAUGAGAAAGAUUUCCCCUUCAACUGAAAUUAACAGUCUCCAUAUACUUUAAAAUAGUCAUGCUUUUUAAGAAAAGAAAAGUGAUAUAACAUUUCUACAAGCAAUGCUUCUCUUCUUGAUGAUUUAUCCCCCAACCUUUACAGAGAUUAGGGCCAUGAUUUUGCUUGGUUAUUCAAUAAUUUUCAGCCAAAGUUGGGAACAAAUUCCAUUGAGAUUUGAGGCUGUGUUUUUAAACUAAAAUUGAUCUGUACAGAUUGUGUUCAGGGUUGCCAGGUGAUAAAUGUGUGUGUUUGUGUGUGUUCAUACAGUUGAGGGGGUAUCUCAUAUUUUCAAUAGUAUUGCAAAUUGUUCCUUUCCUAAUGGUACGUGGAGCAAAUAUUGUUUCCCCCUUUGCUGUCUUCUGCCACUUCUUCAGGAGGACUUCAAAACCAGAUAGCAUUUCUAAAAAAGAAAUGUGUGUGUGAAAUAUUUUACCUUUCCUUCCAUCCAGUUAUAUUAUCUCAUUCUUCCAACGUUUCAAUGGUAAUUAGUUUGCAUACCCUUAGAGAAGAUUUUUAAUAUAUAGUAUCACAGAGAAGGGGCAUGAGAAAAUGAAUUAAUGUUUAUUUUAUUUAUUUUAUUUACAGUAUUUAUAUCCCGCCCUUCUCACCCCGAAGGGACUCAGGGCGGAUCACAUUACACAUAUAAGGCAAACAUUCAAUGCCUUAACAUAGAACAAAGACAAAGACAAACACGGGGCUCUGAGCUGGCCUCGAACUCAUGACCUCUUGGUCAGAGUGAUUUGUUGCACUGGCUGCAGCUGGUUGCUCAACAGGCUGCGCCACCAGUGAAAGCAAGAAUGGAUGCUAUCACAAACAUUUUUUUUCUGCAAUUUCUGAAUUAUAAAGUCUACUAUUAAAAAUAUUUUCUUCUUUAACCUCAUGAUAGAACAUGAAUUACUAUUAUAAGUCAAUGCUAACCUUUUGAAAAAUACAUCUUGAUCUCUCUAAUUCACACACUCAAAGUGAAAGCCCUGUGUAAAAGUAAUCAGAAUAUGCAGAAAUGGUGCACAAGUGAAGGAACAAGUUUUCUUUUUCUCUUUAGCUUUCAAUAUUUGUCCACAUUAUAGUUAUUACAUGAUUUUAUUAUCCCCCCACCGACAAGUUACAGUACUUCCUUAUUUUAAAGAGCCUAGUGGUAUUAUGCAUCUAUAUAUAUAAAAGAGUGAUGGCAUCACAGCAACCCACAAAACAACAAAAGUACAGGCCCCCCAACCUCGAAAUUUGACAACACAACCCAUCAUCCACGCCUCAAGGUUGAUACAACAAAAAGAAAAGAAAAAUAAAGUCCUAAUUAGAGGGAGAGCAAUAAUUGUUUUUAUCCAAUUGCUGCCAGUUUAGAGGGCUAAUCUCUGCCCACUUCGUUGCUUAGCAACCAAGGGACAGCCAGGCUUCAGUUAGGGGACAGGCAGAUGUAGGCCUCACUUAGGCUUCUUCCACAGAUUAUCUAAUUUGCACUGGAUUAUAUGGCAGAGUAGACUCAAGCUAUAUAACCCAUUUUUAAUCUUAUAUUAUCUGCUUUGCACUGGGUUAUCUUGACUCCACACUGCCAUAUAAUCCACUUCAGUGUGCAUUUUAUACAGCUGUGUAGAAGGGGCCUCAUAUAAUCUAGUUCUAAGCAGAUAAUAUAAGAUUAUCAAUAUACAGUAGACUCUCACUUAUCCAACAUAAACAGGCCGGCAGGAUAAGUAAAUAUAUUGGAUAAUAAGAAGGGAUUCAGGAAAAGCCGAUUAAACAUCAAAUUAGGUAAUCAUUAUACAAAUUAAGCACCAAAACAUCAUAUUAUACAACAAAUUUGACAGAAAAGGUAGUUCCACGCGCAGUAAUGCUAUGUAGUAAUUACAGUAGAGUCUCACUUAUCCAACACUCGCUUAUCCAAUGUUCUGGAUUAUCCAACGCAUUUUUGUAGUCAAUGUUUUCAAUACAUCAUGAUAUUUUGGUGCUAAAUUCAUAAAUACAGUAAUUACUACAUAGCAUUACUGCGUAUUGAACUACUUUUUCUGACAAAUUUGUUGUCUAACAUGAUGUUUUGGUGUUUCAUUUGUAAAAUCAAAACCUAAUUUGAUAUUUAAUAGGCUUUUCCUUAACGCCUCCUUAUUAUCCAACAUAUUCGCUUAUCCAACAUUCUGCCAGCCCGCUUAUGUUGGAUAAGUGAGACUCUACUGUACUGUAUUUACAAAUUUACCAGUAAAAUAUCACAAUGAAUUUAAAACACUGACUACAAAAACAUGGAUUAUGAAAAGGCAGACUGUGUUGGAUAAUCCAGAACAUUGUAUAAGUGAAUGUUGGAUAAGUGAGAUUCUACUUUGAUAUGAAAUAAUUUCUGGGAUAGAAUAAUGCAGAACAAUAUAAUCUCUAAAACCAGGACAGUAAAUAAAGAAAUAAAUAAAGUAAAUAAAGCAAGGAAAUUGGAAAUUCCACAAAGGAAACAAUCAGGGCCAGCUAACACCUCCCAAGAAAGGAUUCUUCCAGAAAGGAAGCUGAGAAGGCAGUGAAGCACUGUGUAUUACCAAAGUCAUUAUUAUUACUGUCAUUACUAUCAUUACUAUUAUUAUUAUUAUUAUUAGUAGUAGUAGUAGUAGUAGUAUUGUGUUGCGGUCAACCGUGAAAAUGAAAAUAAUCUGGCUCCAAGUAUUCAAAAACACUAAAAUCAAAAUAUAUAAAAAUUAAUGUGGUAUAAUAAAACAGAACAAUACAAUCUCUAAAAUCAGAACAUUAAAUAAAGAACAACACUCUGAAAAUAGGGGAAUUCCACACAGAAAACAAUCAGGGCCAGCUAACACCUCCCAACAAAGGAUUCCCAUCAUCAAAGUCUGUCCAAUCCUCUGUUUUCUCAGGGCCACAGACAGUAGAAGCACAUAAAAUAUUGCAAACAACACCACUCUGAAAACAAGGUAAUUCCAGGCAGGAAACAAUCAGGGCAGGCUAACACCUCCCAACAAAAUAUUCCCAUCAUCAAAGUCUGGCAAAUCCUCUGUUUUCUCAGGGCCACAGACAGUAGAAGCACAUAAAAUAUCACAAACAACACCACUCUGGAAACGAGGUAAUUCCAGACAGGAAACAAUCAGGGCCAGCUAACACCUCCCAACAAAAAAAUCACUCAGGGAGGAAACAGCCAGGCUUUAAAGCUGCAAGGCCAUUACAUCCUAAUCAUUUUUCCUAAUUGCAGCAUUCAUACUUGCCUCCAACAGACAAAAAAAAAAAAACAAUCAGAAAUAUUGUAUAUUCACAACCUUUAGGAAAUAAUAUCCCCUGAUGGCGCAGCGUGUUAAAGCGCUGAGCUGCUGAACUUCUGGACCGAAAGGCCGCAGGUUUGAAUUGGGGGAGCAGAGAGAGCCCCCACUGUUAGCCCCAGCUUCUGCCAACCCAGAAGUUCAAAAACAUGUAAAUGUGAGUGCAUCAAUAGGUACUGCUCCGGUGGGAAGGUAACGCCGCUCCAUGCAGUCAUCCCACAUGACCUUGGAGGAGUCUAUGGACAAUGCCGGCUCUUCGGCUUAGAAAUGGAGAUGAGCCCCAACCCCCAGAGUCAGACAUGACUGGACUUAAUGUCAGGGGAAAACGUUUACCCUUUACCUUAACUACCACCAAUUCCUCAAUACUUUAUUUCCCAUACCACCAUUCUUCGCCACAGCAACGCGUGGCCGGGAACAGCUAGUUUCCUAUAAGAAUGUCUCUUCAUGAAGCAAUUUAUUUCAAAUCAUGAUAGAAAUAUUGGGUGCUGUAAUAAGAAAAUAAUGCUCUGCAGUAGCAAUAAUAGUUGUUAGCAGCAGCAUGUGACAAAUUAAAACGAAUGUACAGACUUUUCCUCUGUCUUCUCUGGCUGCCUUUGUGACAUGUGUUUCUGGAAAGUAAAAUUGCAAGAAUUCAAGGUGGCAAAAAUUGAGACACCAGUUUCCUAUUACACAAAUUUUGGUAAUUUGUGGAUUUCUUGUGAUUGCUUUGAUAGCUGAAUAAUUGAGACAAUAAUCAAAUAAAGCUGAUGGUUCUAUGUCAAUGAGACAAUGAACCUAUGGUAGAUUCCAUUCGGAACUUUAAACAAUCUAUCCAAGAGGCUGAAUCCUCAGUACCUUGGACAGCUCCUUUACAGUUCAACUUAAAGGUGUAUAUAUACUGCAAAUGCUGUUCAACACCACUGUAUCAAUCAUAGCUAAGUGCUAUGGCAUCGAGGGAACUGUUUUUAGAAAGUAUUUAGUAUUAUCUGCUGAAGAUUGCUGAUGCCUCACCAAAACUACAAAUCCCAGGAUUCCAUAGCACUGAGCCAUGGCAGAUCAGGUGGUAUGAAAUUCUAUGGUUGAAGAAGGACCCUAAUAUCUGGAGUGCAUUCACCAUCCACUUACAUGGAACCUGCAGAAACCACUGAAUAUUGUACAUAUUAAUUUCAAAUUGCUUUAGUAGUGGCAAUGCUUCUGACAUUCAAUGAAAUCUUAAUCAUGGACAAGUAUUUUCAGACAUUGAAACAGACAUUUAUGCCAUUUGUGUUCAUUCUGAAGGAGGUGCAUGAUUACAUACAUGCACAAACCAAUAUCUUGUAUAUUAAUUUCAUAAUGAUUUUGACCUAAGGACGCUUUUUGUUUCUGCUCUUAUGAGUGAUUGAUUUUCUUCCAAUAAUCUGCACUGAGACCAAAAUAAGGAAAAUAUUAUUUCUGUGACUCAGUACAUUUUGUUUUCUUGCUUUUCCAGAGACUGAAAUAGAACCAUUUGUUUUAUAUUCUGCUCAUGUGGAGAGAUAGACACAGAAGCUAGUAUCUAGCGGAUGUGUGUAGUGCAGAUAAAACUUUCAAUUCAUGUAACAGUUUAAUUUUACCCAUACAGUUUAAAACUUUUUUUCUUUUCUUUUUAAAAAUUCACACCAAACAGGAUUUUUGGGCUCUGGGGGCUGGGUUCCCGGUUGUUUCUUAGCAACUAGUGGUCACUGGGACCUGGUUAAUAUGUCUUUUAGCUAAUCAGCAUUUUCAUUCAUUUCCUGAUCAUUUGUUGGCAACAAAAUCAGACCAAAAGGUAGUGGUGACGAACAGGUGACAUAUAAUUUGCAGGAGUAUAAUAAUGCAUACUGGGAAAGGGUGAGGAUGCGCACUGGAGAUGCAUUUUUAAAUGCCAGCGAACGAGGCAUUAAUCAGCCUGUUUUUCAUGACACUGAAGCUUUUCAUUUUUAUUUUUAAACAUUUGCAGAAUGUGAACUGCCUGAUUCACUUGAAAGUUCCUCUAGCUGGAUCCCUCUUCCGUACUUAUUAUGUCAUGGUGUACUUUCUCCUUAUUCUCUCUACCAACCCUUUAAACUUAACUGAGACUCAAUAUAGAACUGAGUAAUUACUAUACCGAGUAAUUUCUUCACAGAAUAUUCAGGCUCAUUUAAACGAUAGUUUCCAAACCAUACCACACUUAAGUAAAAAAAUGGGAAUAGCUGAUAUAACAAACCCUGUCUUCUCAGCAAGUCAGUAGUCAAAUUGGGUGUGAUCAGACCAUUUUUCUAGAAGUCUACAUUUUGUGUACAUGUGUGCUAGUUAAUUUAAACUUCUGGAAUAGCCAUCUGCAUUUAAACUGGUUGCUUUUUCACAAUACGUGUUCAGAAUCUUUAAGUUAGUCCACUUGGGACUUUUAUCACACAAAGGUGAUAUCCCACUGCAUUUGUGUAAUUUCAGAUAAUUGCAAUAUACUGAUCACCCUUGCUAUUGCACAUCUCUGGAGUUUCACAGCUGUGAUUAGCUGCCAUCUAUAUAUAUAAAAGGAUAAAGUUGUUUGCGCAGUGACUAUAACAACAAAACUAAAUGUCCCAGAAAUACGAAACUUGGCAACACAAUGCAAAAGUCUUGCCUCCCAGUUAUAACAACACAACCACAUCACCAAACCACAAUCCAGACCUACAAAACUCACAACAUUGCAUCAUGACUAUAACAACACAACUAAACGCCCCAGAAAUACAAAACUUGGCAACACAACGCAAAAGCCUUGCCUCCCGGUUGUAACAACACAACCACACCACAAAACCACAAUCUGGACCCACAAAACUCACAACAAUGUAUUGUGACUACAACAACACAACUAAACCGGAUGGCCAUCUGUCUGAGGGGUUUAGGUGGGGUCUUCCUCCAUGACAAAAAGAAAGAAAGGGGUUGGACUGCAUGCAAACUACAAAUCCCAGCACCCCAUGGCAUGGACUCCAUGCAUUUCAAUUAGAGGCCUCUUCCUUCUCCCUUUCCCCACCAUCCAACCCACUGACCCAGUUCCAUGGCUCCGCAGGCAGGAAAGGCUAGGACGGAUAGAACAAAGGAAGGAGGGAGGGAAGGGAAGUGAAGGAACACCAAGGACAAGAGCCCUCCCUCUCUGCCCGGAAGGCCAAGAGCAAAAGGAAGAGAAAGACCAUUGAAUCCGGUUAUAUUUACCCUCCUUUCUGACCAGUGUGUUCUUAUCAGCGAGCUCAGGAUCGGAACAGAGAAAGGGAACAGCAUAGGAAUAAAGGAAACAAGGAGAGCACCCACUCUAUCUAUCCAUCCACUUAUCUAUCCAUCCACUCACCCACUAAUAAUAAACACCUACACAGGCAAGAAUCAGCCAUGCACUGAGGCUACAAGGCCAUUCAGUGCUCAUCCACCUCCCCAAUCCCUACAUUCACACUUGGCCUCCAAAAAAAACAAUUACAAUAAUAACAAUGACAACAACAACAAUAAGAAUCAACACCAUCACAGGCAAGAAGCAGCCAGGCACUGAGGCUGAGAGGCCAGUGCUACACUGGGCCUCCAAAAAAAACAAUACAAUAGCAUCUAACUUAUCCAACCUUCAUGACCACUACAACAACAACAAUAAUAAACGCCUACACAGGCAAAACAAAAAAAAGACUAUUAUACCCCAAUAAAAAUAUAAACCGCACUCAGCAGAAUCAGACAUCAUGAUUAACAACAAACCAAAGACAACAGGGAUCUCAAGCAAUUAUCAAUCAACACAAAAUUUGAAGAAGGUAACAGACUUCAAAUACUACUACUAAUGUGAGUAUAAAGAAGGGUGGAGGCCACAGCAUAAAUACAACCUAAUGUAGACUGACCAACACCACCAGACUAAGCCACAGCAACGUGUGGCCGGGCACAGCUAGUUCAUAUAUAAAGAACAAAGCAACAAUCAUAUGCAUCAUUGCUAAAGAGGAAUUCACAUUGAGCUGAGGGCCCUUUCACACUACAUAAAUAUAUCAUAACAGCACAUUCCACCCAAUGGAUCCUAAGAUUUGUAGUUUACAGAGAUGUACUUAGACCUUUCUUUUAGAGGACUGUAGUGCAUCAGCAUAUUAACUAAUGUGAAAUCAAAGUGCUACAUUUCUGUAGUUUGAAGAAGGGAGAACAAUGCUUCUUCCUGACUGGGAAGGGAUGCUGUUCUUCCUCCCACCCCUUCUUCCUUCCUUCCUUCCUUCCUUCCUUCCUUCCUUCCUUCCUUCCUUCCUUCUUCUCUCUCUCUCUCUUUUCUCUCUUUCUCUCUGCUUGGCAUGGCUUCUGUAAACAUAUUGCAUCAUGUUUCACUUUCUUAUUAAGGGAUUAAUCCCUUCAUAAAAUAAUUCCAAGAACAAUUCAUGGAAGGGGGUCCUCAGAGCCAAAUCAAAAGCGACAAAAGUCCAGAAGAAGCAGUAAAGGAACAGCAACUUCCUGGGAAUUAAAAGCAUGCCUUUAUUGGAUGAAAUGCAACAAUAACUCUAUCUCACCUCCCAGUGGGCAGGCGUGGUGGCUCUCUUAACCUGCUUGUCUAGGCUGGAUAUACACCUCAGCAGUGAAAGACUCCAGAAACAUUACAGGAAGGGAAAUGGUACAGAGGGUAGGAGGAGCACUGCAGUAGUUGAGAUGGCCGUUUCCUUGAAGCCUCUCUGCCUGGACUGAGCUCCUCCAGUGCCUGUGGGAUUCAGUUUCAAGUCUUUUUGAUCAAGUUUGCAAGACUCCUAGCAAUCAUAUAUUUACAGAAACAGUGCUUACUAAGAUCUUUUUGCCCAGACAAAAGGCCUGUAUUGAAUUCUUAUUCUUUUUGAUAUUUCUGCAGAUUUUGACACAGCUGCUCAUGUUCUUCUUUUGUAUUCAUCCAGCACCUAGGAUUUACUGAUUCUGACCUCAGCUCAUUUAUGUCUUAUCACUUAGGCGGGUCAUUUAAUGUGUUGCUGGAUUUUCUUUUCCCCAUUCAGUCAGGGUUCCACAGAGAUCUGUUCUGAGAUCCUUCUGGCUUUCUCUUUAUACAGUCUGUCCUUGGGUAAUUUUAUUUAUCUGUAUUGACUUUAGUAUCAUCUUUUGUUAUAACAUUCAGCUGUAUCUUUCCACUCCAGAAUUUUUUUCGGAUGUUCAGCAUGUCUCCACUAUUUUGGCACAAAUGUUUCAUUAUUGCCUAAAAUGUAAUAUGGAAAUGAUGUGAUUAUUUUUUUUCUCCUUUUCUUUCCAAUGUACAUUCUCUAUAAUUGUUACUAAAACUGCCCUCUAUCAUAUGGAGGAAGCACAUAGCCUUAAUUUUAUUUUCCUCUUUAUCUUUUAUUCCUCAUAUGGGAGAUGUAACUAAGUCAUUACACUUUUUCUUUAUAAUAUUGCCAAAAUAAGACCUUUGCUCGCUCGCUCUCUCUCUCUCUCUCUCUCUCUCUCUCUCUCUCUCUCUCUCUCUCUCUCUCUCUCUCUCUCUCUCUCUUUGCCUGCAAAGACUUUCAUUCAUGCCUUGGUCAUUUCCUGUCUUCAUUAUUAUAAUCCUCUUUUGACUGGUAUUCCAUUAACUCAGCUUAACACAUUGGUUUCAGUUUAACACUAUGUUGCUAAGGCUGUCUCGUUGGCCCAUCAUUUUAAUCAAGUUACAACCUUUGUCAAAGCAAUGGACAACCAAUGAAGGAGCACUGAAAGUAGAAUAUCCCUUCAUUGGUUGUCCAUUCCUUUUAUGAUACAGUAAAAGCUUCUUGCUUUACAUUUUAAAGCCCUUCAUUUAGUUUCUCUGUAUCUUACAGCCUUUGUUUAUCUUUGCUUCACUGUUCAGGACCUUUCUUCUGUGAAUUCAUUUCUCAUCCAACCAAAUGUUUCUUCUUCUUAAAUUGGUUUCACAGUUUUUCUCUUUCUGUCUUGAAGAAUUGGCCUCCUGUGAACAUUAGGUAAAGGUAAAGGUUUCCCCUGACGUUAAGUCCAGUCGUGUCCGACUCUGGGGGUUGGUGCUCAUCUCCAUUUCUAAGCCGAAGAUCCGGCGUUGUCCAUAGACACCUCCAAGGUCAUGUGGCCAGCAUGACUGCAUGGAGCACCGUUACCUUCCCGCUGGAGCGGUACUUAUUGAUCUACUCACAUUUUCAUGCUUUCGAACUGCUAGGUUGGCAGAAGAUGGAGCUAACAGUGUGAUCAUUAGUCUUUCUGAUUUUUAGAGGCAUCUCAUGUCUGUCACCCUUCCAGGACAAUUUAGUUUGCUAUGUUCAAAAAUUCAAAAAUUGAUGCUACCUCAUCAAUUACCAAAAGAUAUAGAGCAGAUUGGUUCGAUACUGAGUGCCAAUCCAUCAGGAAAAGACUUAAGAGCCUAAUGAGAAAGACACAGGGGUCUCAAUCUAAGACUAUACACAACAAUAUGUUAGAACUGAGAAGGAAAUAUAAGCAAACCAUUAGAGCAAAAAAGAAAACCCAUUCAAUAUCCAUCUGGAAUGGGUUAGAACUCGCUGCUAAAGGGAGGAACACAGUCCUCUUCUGGAAUUCAGUAGCUGGAAUUCUUAAAGAAAGGAAAUAUGCAUUUGAUGCCCCUAUUCCUGCAGCGAAUUGGGAGAUCUAUUUCUCUCAACUGUUUGCCCCCUCGCCCCUUCCAAAGAAAUACCUUACUCCUAGUAUAGACAGCCCCGAAAAUUUGCCAGACUGGCCCCCGACUACCGUACAGGAAAUAAAGAGUAUAAUUGAAAGCCUUAAUAACAAUAAAGCUCCUGGAGAAGACUUUUUACCACCAGAGUUAUUCAAAUCCAACCCUGACUGGUGGGCCCCCCUAAUAGCAGGUCUAUGUACUCACAUAAAUAACACUGCCAACAUUCCUACAGGUUGGAAAUUGGCAAUAAUUAUCCCUAUUUACAAAAAAGGGUGCAAAAAAGAUCCAAAAAUCUACAGACCUAUCAGCCUAAUAGAUAUAGUGGCCAAAAUCUACUCUAAAGUGCUUCUUUCUAAAUUAGAGCUUUGGGAAUAUGAAAAUAAAAUUCUAUCAGAAGAACAAGCCGGCUUCAGAUCAGGAAGAUCCACCAUGGAUAACUGUUUUAUCCUAAACCACCUAAUAUACAAAUAUCUAAAAAGAAAGAGUAGACUUUAUGUUGCUUUCAUUGAUCUAAAAGCAGCCUUUGACAGCAUCAACAGAGAGCUGCUCUGGCAAAAACUAAUAGACAGUAGAUUACUACUCCUGAUCAAAAGUUUAUACUCCAACAACCAUAUCCAGGUUAGGACGGGAAUCAGUGGUGCCUUGACAAAGAGAAUUGACUCCUGCAAAGGUGUAAGACAAGGCUGUUUAUUAGCCCCUUUACUUUUCAACCUUUAUAUCAAUGACCUGCCAGACCACCUCAGCAGCUCCGAGGUCCAUAUGCCUAUAAUUGGUAACAGACACAUAAAUACUCUUCUAUAUGCGGAUGACAUGGUUCUGAUGUCUAACACCCAAAUAGGUUUACGAAGAUUACUGAUCAAACUUAACAUCUACGCCCACAAAAAUGAGCUGACAAUAAACAAAACCAAGUCAAAAAUUAUGGUGUUCGGAAAACGCCCAUCUAGACACAAAUGGGUUCUAGAUGGAGAACAUAUAGAACAGGUUAGCUCUUUUACAUAUCUAGGCUUAGUAUAUUCAGAGACUGGCUCUUGGCUAGCACAUUCUCAAUCUUGUGCAAUCAAAACCAGGGCACGCUCUAACACACUGGCAAGACUGCUAACCCAUAGAUAUCCUGGCUCUUUAACUCCAAUAAUCAAAGUUUAUAAAGCAAAAAUCCUCCCCAUGAUACUAUAUGGAGCAGAAAUCUGGGGCCUAAGCCAACUACCAAUACUAGAACAAACACAAUCAAAAUUUCUAAGACAGAUACUUGGCGUUGAUGCUGAGACCACCGCUGCCGCAGUUAGAGCAGAGUUAGAAAUACAUUCUAUCGAAGGUCUUGCCAAAAUCAGGGCCUUUAACUAUUGGUCUAAAAUAAAAAAUCUCGAAAAUAACAGACUGCCGAAAUUGUGUUUCUUAGAACAAUCUAAUGGCUUUAACCAAGACUCCUGGGCAGAACAACUAGCAAGGUUUCUUCGCUCCUGUGGUUUACAAAUUACUUCAUCAGACCAGAAUAGGGAUGCCGAAAAAAGGACAGUAAUCCAAAGAAUCCUAGAUAUUGAAGCCCAAAAAGACAUAGCCACCCUGUCUAAUACAGGAUCUCUGAAGUGGUUAGGGCGCUUUAAACGUAAUUUCCAGAGGGCACUGUACCUAAAAGCAGAUAUGCCAAGACACCUAAGAAUCACUUUCACCAGGGCAAGAUUCGAACAAAUGGAGUCCAUGGAGAGACACGGCAGAUUCAAUCAUAUCCCAUAUGAAGAAAGAUUAUGUAUUUGUGGCAGCCCUGAAGUUGAAAAUUUGAACCACAUUUUGCACAACUGUAACCUAUAUAAAAAAGAAAGGAAACAAUACUUAUGGCCUUUUAUUGGUAAUAAAACAAGCUGGGUUAUUGAAGCCAAAACUUCAUUUUUAUUAGCCGGUUAUAACCCCACUCUGACAACAAAAGUGGCCCUGUAUUUGUUUAAAGCUGCUAAAAGGAGAUCAGAGUACAUAGAUCAGAUUGGGGUGCAGUGUAGGGGAGACGAGGAUAGUUGAUGCAUAGAUCUUUAGCUAAACUACAUUGGCACCAAGCAGGCAGACACCUGUAUAUCUGUAUUUUAUUUUAAGUGAACCAGAUGUAUGUUGUAUGUUGUUUUUGUAUUGUCUGUCCUUGAUAAGGCCAACUGGCUAAUCAAUAAAUAAAUUGUUGUCCAGAUUUCCUGCUGAGCCGCAGUAUAGCUGGGCCAGUUUCAUGCUCUUUAACCAUCUCUUCCAGUGGAGUAAUCACCUGUACUUGCUGCAGUUCUCUUCUUCUACAUCCUCAUACAGAAAAACAAAUAUGACACAGUGGCUUGUUCACUAUCCACAUUUUCCCCCUAAAAUUAUGUAAGCAGAAAAAGAUAUCCCCCUUAGACUCCCCUAUUAACUGCCCAAGCAAAAUACCUGUGUAUGCUCCCUAUUUACUAAUCUUCACAUUUCAUACUGCAUGGUAUAGUGUUUCUGGUGUUAUACUUCAAGGGACUGAGUUGGAAACCUGCUGGAUGACCUUUAAGUAAGUCUCACUCCCUCAGCUUCAGAGGAAAGCAAAAGCAAGCCUUGGAAUAAAUCUUUCCAAGAAAACUCUGUGCAGAGUCUCCAUAGGUCAAUGUUGACUUGAAUACAAUAAGUUUAUUUUGUGUAGCUAGCAGUGUUUCACCCAAAUCAGUGACUCCUUCCCAGGAGGAAUUCCUCUUUUUUUAUACCACAUUUGUCACAGAUGUGACUCACAAACAGGUCUUUGCAGAGUAAGUUCAAUGUCAUGGCUUGACAGGUUGACAUAAUGCAGUCAGUGUUACCCAACAUAGUGUUGUCCCAGGUGCAUGUUUCACCAUGCAUCGUGGUGAAUACGUGGGGGCCCAGCAGGGUGUGUGGGGAACCCAUUGCUCUAUGCCCCGCAUCACCUCACUUACCUUUGCCCCCAUCUCACAGGGGAAGCAUCCACCGCCUGGCUUCCUCUCAUGUUGCAAAUGAAACAUGGGAAGCUUCCCAUGUACACCAUUUCCUUUCCCCUUUUGCCACAAAGUCCCACUGUAAGUAGAUGUAUAUUAUAGAAUGGGCUCCGUGGCAAUAGGGGAGAUGAUUAGGCUUACAGCAGGCAAAUUAACCCAUAUGAUGAGGCUGCCAAUGUGUCAGACUAAGGUUCCUGCCAUCUUUGGCAAGCAUGGCCUAAUGACUACAAAUAAAGAGUCCAGCAUUUCUGGAGGCCACCAGAUUUGGGGGGGGGGGGGGAAUGAGACAGAGCAACUGUGUGUCACCUUCACAUGACAGCUCUAAGAUACUGAUAGCAUUCUGCUAUUUGAUCCCUCCAUUAUAUUUGGAUGAUAAGAAAAUGCAAAGAACUGCAAAGGUAUCAUUUGUAGUUUAAAAGACUCAUCUUUUUAAAAAUGUCUACCAAGGUAACUGUUUUUGGAGGCAUGAUACAAAAUAAUUUCUGAAGAAAAUAAAGUAAAUACAAUUGAUAGUCUAGCACUUCCUUUGUCCAAUCAUCUUGCAGAAUUCAGUGAGGAUAAAUUCUUUGAAAUGGAAAAACACAGAUCACCCCAGCCUGCUGAGUAACCUAAUACCAUAGAGUCAAGGGAAAGUGAUUUAAAUGUCUAGAUACUAAGACACUAUGACACAGACUUGUAAUGGAAAAAGGUCAACCAAGAUCCUUGAAAUGCAUAUAAAUCUGUUAAUAAACUCUGAUAACUGCUCAUAGAUUGAGCAACAUGUCCCAUGGGAUACUGUUCAAAUCAAUAGGCAGUGAAAAUGUAGUCAAGGACAAAGGACAUCAAGACCCAGAACAAUAAAUCUGUAAGGAUUUAGGAAUGUAGUGAAAGUCACCAAACAAGCAACCUAUCCUCAUUUAUCAGGAUCACUCAGUAAGCUCUGGAAAUUUCCUGAGUUCACUUUUAACUAUAUUUUCCUAGUUCUUAAUGUAAUCAGAAUUUUUCCCAAUCAAAUAUGCACAACUAUUGUUUUUUUGAGGGGGCGGGGAUUUAUACAAUCUGAAGAGAAACCAGCGUAUGCACACAACUAUUAUUUAUCCAUUGAAAUAAUAUAAACCUUUCUUCCUUAGACAAUAUUAAUUGUGUUCUUAUAGAGUUAUAUAUUAUACAUUUAAUUUAAGAAAUGAAUGAAAGUUUUAAAAGAACACAGUAAAAAUAGAUCCAUGGAAAGGUAGUUUUUUCUUUAAAUGUUUCUAUGUAUACACUGUCAAAACAUGCAUUUCACACAUAGUAAAGCUGAAAUGGGGGGGGGGGGACUACAUUAUUUUUCUAUAGCAUAUUGUCCUGUGCUUUUUAAAAUGUUUAAAAAUAGAUGGUAGCAUGUUUAAACAGCAGAACUAAUGUGUUAUAUCUAUUCCCAAAGACUUCUUCAUAGGCAGAUGAACAGAUGCUUGCCAGGUAUUAAAGAAGGAAAGGAAUUAUAGAGCGGAAAGAGAGGACAGGUAGUCAUGUGCCCUCUGUACAAAAAGAUAAAAUAAAGGGUGUCUACAUUUUAUUACUGAAUUUGAAGACCUCUUACUAUCUUAGGAAGUACACAGAAGGGGGAAAAGAAGGGUAAAGCUCCCAAUAAAAUAAAAGAUACCAUACUGAAUAAUGAAUAAGAUGUGAGAAGAAGCACUCUUGAAGCUCUGUGGGAAGUUGUGUGCUGAUCAAGCAACAGUCUGUUCAAGAACAUUCAUCCUCUGUCAGCAAUUCUCCAAGGUCUCCGGCUAAGCUCUUCCCCAACUUCACUAUUGAGUCCCAUUAAUUGCCAAUGUCAAGGACUGAACUUGGACCUUUUGCCUGCAAUGUAUAUGCUUUUCCAUUGAGCUGGUAUCCAUUGAAACUGGUCUGUGAUACAGACAAUGUAGAAUCAGGUCCAAAGCCAUGGUGAGAAGCAAUAAGGUGAACUGGCAAAAUGGAGAAUGGGGAAUUCUAAUCAACUUAGAAAAAAUGCAUAGAAGAAUCUUAGGGAAGACAUAGAAAGACUGAUGCAUUAAAAAUAAAAACCUGGAUUCAGGUAGGGAAAGCCAGAACUUUUGGAUAAGCAGGUGACAUCCUAUUGUUCUGUUUAGGACUCCUGGCAGGAAGAAUUCAUUUUCACAUUAAGCUCAGUAAGCUUAUAGCUCCUUCCCUAGUUAAGGCCUCAAGCAAGAGUACUUUUCUUCAACAGGCUUGUUAGAAAAUCUGGAGUGGGCUAUUUUUUAUUUUAUUUUUAAAUAUAUAUUUCUGUAUCUUUAUUGGGAAAGUGUUUAGAUACAAGGCUUACAUUACAGUUUAAAGUUACCAUUAGUUGGAUGUAGAAUAGAACAAGAAACAAAGUGAAAUAACAAACAAUGAUUUUUAAAAAAAGGAGAUCUAGAAGCAUGUUGAGAUCAGGUGAAAAGGAGCUUGGCUUAGUUUGUGUCGAUUGUGGUGUCCAAGACAUGCUAACAAGCCUGGCCUGAAUCAAGGAACAGGGCCUGGUAGAAACAUUGCAUCUGCCAAUAUCUUUCCACUGCUUCCUUUGGCAGGAUUUGGCAGGAUAGAGUGGAACCACAGUAAACAUCUAUUGUGCUUUAUUACUGGUGCCACACAGGAAGGGAUGGGAAAUGGAUUCUAAAUUCUAAACUCCAAUCUGUAUGCAUGUGAGAAAAGCAACUAAUUAACUGAUUGGGGAGAGUGAAAAGUGGGGAUCUGAGUGCAGGGAAGAACAUCAUGUGCAUUAUCAAAAGGCUUACAGAACAUUUUGUUUCUGAACAAAGCUUAGGAUACCUUGUACAUUCCAGGGCCCAGCUGUGUGGGGUCAUUGUCUGGCUUCCAGAGUAAAUAUAAAAUUAUUCAUCCAUUUGUUCAUUGAUUUAUGAUUUGUGGAUCCUGGAUUUUUUUUAAAUUAGUGUUACAAAAAAGGAGGUGAAAUCAGGUAUGAUCAUUCUGCUAGUGUAGCUGUUGCCAGUAGAAUCAAGAGCAAGUUAAUUCAUGGGGUUACCAUAAGUCAAAAUGUGACUUGAAGAUGCACUCAAAGUCACCAUCAUCCUGUAGGCCUUUAAAACCUGCUCCAAAUGAUUGUUUCAAGCAUGGUGGUACUCCAAGGGGAAAGAGACAGAAAAGGAAAGUCCUAUAAAGAUAACAGAUGUCUUCCAGCCAAAGCUGUAGCUAGGAGGAAGGGGGCAAAAUGAGUGCUUUGCUCCCUGAAGAAUUCUGUCUCCAAAAUGAAUUUUUUUAGUCAUUUUUCAUUGGAGGAUCAUACUUACUCCUCAAACCAGAAUGCAAAAUUACUAGCUCAAACUGGAAAAAAAUGAUGAAUGGGCAUUGAUUCCUGGAUAUUGUUUAUUUGUAGCAGGAGUUGUUCUGCAUCAGUAACAGCUGGGCUCUUCCAUGUCAACUGAAUAUUGACUACAUACUGUUAAAGGAUUUGUCUAAGGUACUAGACCAGGCCUACACAACAUGUGGUCCCCGGGCUACCUGUUACCUACAGAAGCCAUUGGUGUGGCCCACAGGAGGGAGGGGGGAAGAAAAAGGGAGAGAGAAAAGAGAGGGAAGGAAGGAGAGAGGGAUAAAAAGAAGGAAGGAAGAUAGGUAGGAAACAGAGAGAGAAGGAAUUCACAAUUCAGAAAGUGUGGUGUAGUGGCUUGAAGCUUGGACUACAGCUGUGCACCCACUGUAUGACUUUAGGCAAAUCACACUCUCCCAACCUCAGAGGAAGACAAACACCCUUUUGAAUAAAUCUUGACAGGAAAACUCUGUGUUAGAGUUACCCUAAGUCUGAAACAACGUGAAGACACACAACAAGAGCAAUCCUAACCAUUAAUUAUAUCUUACCUGGAAAGUGGGGUACUAAAAACCUAUUUAUGGCCCCAAGAGGCUUAGCCUAUCUAAUUUUGGCCCCUUACUACUGACAAGUUGUGCCAGCCUGUUCUUAACAUAUUUUGGGAGUUUGUGUUCAGUACUUUGGACAGCUUUGGACAGUACUAGGAGCUCCAGUGGCGAAGUGUGUUAAAGUACUGAGCUGCUGAACUUGCAGACCGAAAGGUCCCAGGUUCAAACCCCGGGAGCGGCAUGAGCAGCCGCUGUUAGCUCCAGCUCCUGACUGGACUUAAUGUCAGGGGAAACCUUUACCUUUACCUACUUUGGACAGCUCCUUUAAAAUUUACAGUGUGGAGUGAAUCCACCAAUCCGCUCACAUGGGAAUCUCCAAAGUUCUACAUGAAAAAAGAAAAUUAAUUCCCGAAAUGAAGGUGUCUGAUCUUGAAAUGAAGAAGCAUGAUAAUCAGUGGACAACUCCCAUCACUUCACAUAUUCCUUCAUGGAUUUUCUCUAAAUCACUGUUCCUAUUUGGUAAUACUUGAGAUCAAUUUUUUAAAACAUAAUUAGAAAUUGAAAGAAGGAAUUAGGAAAAACUUAAUGCAUUGGAAAGAGGACUGAAGAGACAAGAACAGAUAUAACAGUGUUCUCUUCUCUAAUUAGUCAGCGCUUCCUGAAUUUUAGAAGUAUUUUUAAUACCUUGCUUCCAAGACUGUGGUGCUGAAGUAAUCUACUCCUUAAAAAAAACUGUUUUCCACUUCUCCUCCCUCCCAAACUUCAUUCACCUAAAAAGCAUGUUUAAUUUUGAGCAUACCAUUGCUUCCAGAUUAGUACAUUUUAAAAAUAAUUUUAUUAAAGGUAGGUCACUAUAAGAGAGCCAGCAUGGUAUAGCAGUUUGAGUGUUGGAUUCAGACACUGGAUGAAAUAUAAGGUUGAAAUAUCAAUUCAGCCCAUAGGUGAUUUGGAAGUCAAAGGCAACUCUCCACUAGACCAAUCUUGCCAGGAAAAUCAUGUGAUAUAUUCACCUUAGGGUCACCCUAAGUCAGAAAUUACUUAAAGGCACAGAGUGAUUACAAUAACCAAAGACCUAAAAUCCGUAGAAAGGAAAAAUCUAGAAGUAUUAAGAAAACACAUGGAGGGGAAUUUAAAGGAUUAUAAUAAUCUGUGAUUAUCAUGGUUCGGCAGAAUAGCCCUAGUAAAAAUUAAAGUCUUACCCAAAAUAAAUUUCUUGUUCAGAAUGAUACCAUUAAUGAUUUUAGAAAAGGAAAUAAAUAACUGGCAACAAAUGAUAAACAAAUAUUGCAAUAAUGGUAAAAAGAACAGAUUAAACAAACAAAUUUGGUACAACCCCCAAAAAGAAGGAGGAUUGGGCCUUCCGAAUAUAAAAAAAUAUUAUGAGGCAAACCAAUUAAGAUAUGUAGUAGAGAAGAUGAUGGAUGGAGAAGGUUUGGAAUGGAUGGAAUCAGGGAAUAAGGCAGUUGAGUGGAGAAAGGAUAACAUAUUCUUUAAGGAAAUCUCAAAGAAAGAGAUAAAACAAAUUGGAAAUAUAUCAUUAAGAAAUAUAAUGGAAAUAUGGAGUAAAUAUAAAGGACAAUUAAUUAAUAAGAAUUCAGUUUUAACGCCAAUAAUAAUGGAAAAAGAUUUCCCAAAGGAACUAAAAGGAACACUAGAUAAAGAAUUAGAAAAAAGGGAACUAAAAAGGGUAGGAAAUUGGAUAGAACAAAAAAUGGAAAAGGUAAAAAUGAGAGAAGAAUUGAGAGGAAUAAAUAUUUCUUGGAUUCAUUGGAUUCAAUUAGAAAAAUGGAAUGAAAACUGGUGGGCCCAAAAUAAAACUGGAAAACAAAUAACACAAUUUGAGGAAUUAAUAAUAAAAGCAUUAAAAAGAGAAAAUAGUGAGCCAUUAAAAGGAACAACAAGUAAAAUAUCUAAAAUAUUAAUUAAAGACAUAGAAAAAAAAAGAAAAGAUUAACAUUAAGAGAAUCAUGGGAGGAGGAAUUAGGAACAAAGAUAAUGGAAAAAGAAUGGGAGGAGAUAUGGAAAACAAGACAAUUAAAAACAUGUCAAUUAGAAUAAAAGAAAAUUAUUACAAAUUAAUUUGGAAGUGGUAUUUAACACCAAGAAGGUUAAAUAUUAUGAAUAAGAAUAAUAAUGACAAAUGCUGGAGAGGGUGCCAGGAAAUUGGAACCUACAUGCAUAUGUGGUGGGAUUGUAAACAUGUAAAAGGUUUUUGGGAAUUGGUCAUAAGGGAAAUAGAAAAUAUUAUGAAUAUAAAAAUUAGAAGGAAUCCAGUGGAAAUAUUACCUUUAAUUAAAAAAGAGGAUGAGAAAGAUAA